CUGUGUCCCCUUCACAAAAAAGGUAUAAGGGGGAGUGAUUAAGUAAGAGAGAGAGGGAGCGAGAGAGAGAGAGAGAGAGCUCACAUGAGAGGAAGCAGAAGACAAAAAAGUCAGAGUGAGUCUGUGGUAUCAAGCAGUUGACUGUGACUCCCUCUGUCAGAGCACAGCCGUGUUCCAGCACUGCAGCACCACUCCCCUGUCAAAGCAGGAUCUAUCUUCUCUUUCCAGCCUGCUCGUCUGCUGCCUCUGUGAUUGACUGGACGGACCACUGUGGGAGCACACAAGGACCUCUCACUGGAUGUCAGAAGCCAAAACUGGUAGGAGAUGUUGCAUACUUGCAUAUAAUAUAUCAAUCUGUGAAAAAAAUGUGAAACAGCUGUACAGAAAUGUGUCUUCCACAUCUUGAAUAUUGCCAGAUGUCAUAUGUAUCAUGAGUGUGGAGAGGGUUGUAGCUGUUCUGGUAGUUUUGCAGAUGUGUUCACAAACAGAAGAUAGAUUUUUGGUCCAGUUGUGAGCUGGUUCAUCUUCACUGUGACAACCGGCAGAUGGUCAGCUUUAUUUGGACUCAGCUGUGAGAAACUCAAGUUUGCUCUGGAUUGAGAGCAGCAGUUAUCGUUGCUCGUACUUUUAGAACAAUUUGGAUCAUUUGGAUUGAAAAGAGAUACAGAAACAGCAUCUUUUAGCUUAUUUGUUUUGUUCAGGAUGAGUCUUCUCUGAGUGCAGGAAAGGAGAGAAAAUUGGAAACAGACCCACCCACCCACCCACCCAGGAGAGCUGGUCUGUCCAUGAAAUGUAUUAGAGAGCAGAGACACACAACAACACUUCCUAUCUUCAGUGCCGAGGGAAGGGAGCACAGGGAGACAGAGCUGUUAAAAUUUAUCCAAUAAAGUGUGAAAAGAGAUGUGGUUUAAACAGUGAAGGAUGAUUGAGUUGCUGUUAGUGCUAAGUAACCGAAUAACCAGGGAUUGUACAAGUAAGAAUAAAAACUGAUGACAAGCGGGAGUUGUCAAGCCUUGCUUAUGCAUACAGUUUAAGACCUCAAACGUAUAUUUAUACUCUGGACAUUUCAUCAGCUCUCCCUAAAAAACAUUACAACUACAUAGGGAGUUGGUUUGCAGAAGUUAUCAAGUUAACAUAGUCUAAUGUUUGACAGGUUUCAUACCUCCCCUGCUUUUUUGUUUUUGUGCACCACACAUAAACCUGCAGCAUUAGAUGAGAUAAUGGUUUUAACUUUUACUUGUUUGAAUCCUUUUUUAUUACCCUAAAGUGCAUUUUGGAACCAGUCCCUGUGGAUUGACAGGCUAUAGGUCAGACUGUAACUCUGCUGCAGAAAAUAUCGGGGUCAAAAGUGUAAUUUGAAGCUGUGUAAUUGUACUUCACUGCAGCCAUAAUCUGCAGGGAAACCCAUAUAAAGGGACUUCAAGUGAUAUUUUACCGUCAAAGCGUAUGAUGUUGCUAUAUGGACAUAGCAGCACUUGAAAUCACAGUCACCUCAAACUAUACACAGUGCUGCAACUCACCUCAGGUAUGUCUAAUAAGACUGUCAAGGAUACAGCCUAGUGAGGGUACCCUAGUGCUGUAAAUGAACUCUUACCAGUGGCGGCAGGUAGCUGUCUAAUAUGAGUCUGGUUCUGCUCAAGGUUUCUGUCUGAUAAAGGGAAGUUUUUUCUUGCCACCAUAACUUGCAAUAUACUGUAAAGUGCAUCACUCGUAUUGGUUCGAGAUAAAUCUUUUCCCAUCUUGAGGUUGGGUCUCGGUAAUACAUCAAACAAUGAGUCAGGUCUAGACCUGCUCUUCUAGAAAGUGUCUUGGGAUAACAAUUGUUGUGAUUGGGUGCUCUAGAAAUUAAAAUGGAUUGAUUGAUUGAUUAUAUGGCUUUGGUGUGCACAGUUUAGUAGUUAAAGACCCAAUACCAUGAAAUCAUGUUUUUCUUGUUGUCUAUAUGUUCAUACGGCAUUUUUCUAAUGCUGGGGUUAGGGUUAGGGUCUAGAAUUUUUCUAAUGCUAGAGGACAUAUGAGAAAACAAAGUGCAAAAUUGCAUUUCUGAGUAUUCCUUCUUUCAAAUCGCUGUAGACUUCUAACAGAUCCAAAUGGUAGGUUCAGACAAAGUAGGAUUUUCUAUGUCACAACUCCAUGCUCUGCUCACAGGGCACCACUCUGCAGGCCAGACCCCAAGAAGUGGAGAGGACGAUAGCAGAACAAGUGUCUGAGGUAGAAGAUUGCAAUUCUUGUAGGAAAGUUAAUUAUGAUGUUGAUCAUGCCCCCAACGGCAAUUACUGUUUCUUUUUUGAUACCCAAUUGCAACUAAUUUCUUGAUUGAUUCUGAGUCGAUUCCCAUGUGAAAUUAGUUUCACUUAAAAUCUAAAGAAACCUAAAUUUUCCAAAGUUUUAUUGUAAGGGCUAAAGCAUGUGGCAAAAAGAAAAUGCAUUUAUUAUAUUAAAUUAAGCAAAGGUAAUGGAUUUCCGAGCUAAACUGUGACAAGUUUCCAGCGUAAGAUCACAAUUUUCUGCUUUCUCAAAUGUGAUUUUUUUUUUCAUUUGUAUUCUCGCGUGACAGUAAACUUAGUGGUUCAAAAGAACAGUCCUGUGUGAUGCUGAGAAUCAUCAGUCAACUGGUCAAAGUGUGUUAAAACCCCUGACAAACCUGGCCGGGAUCAUUUAUGUCAUAGUGAUAAAUCAUUCAACAUGGGUUUGUUAUCUUUGUAAAGGUCCAGAGGUAGCAGGUUAUGAGGCCACAGUCAGCUGGAAGUGGGCCUCUGGGACUCUCCCUCUCCUGGGAACUGUGAAUCAGACUACAUUUCAGUGAGCGAGUCAUGUCACGAGUUUCUAAAUCAAGCCAAGUGAGGGCAAUGAAAGAGUGGUGAUCUGUUUUGUUCCAGUUUCAUACACUGGAGCCUUUUUAGUGGUUAAAAUUUGUCUAAGGAUUGAAAAAAAUCUUUCAAGAAUCAUUAUUUUUCUUAUGGAAACUAGAAACUGGGAAACUAAAAUUGUUUUGGAAUUUCCCCUUGUGGGACGAAUAAAGGCAUAUUUUAUCUUAUCUUAGAAACUUAGAAACCCUAACAUAGAUAAAUGAAAUGGAUGGAACUUUUUCCUGCCUUAAUGAUUUUUUAUUUCUCUGUAAAAGACAGUAUGUUUUUUUUUUAAGAGGGGGACUUGUCAACAGUGUGACACUUGUAGGAGAUGCUGGUCAGCUCUGCCCCGUUAUUCGGACACCAGCUGAAAUACUGACACAUAACCCUAACUAUCAACCACUAUAGACGGGGUCAACUUUACAAUUCAACUCCGGGGUAAAAAAAGAAAUUCUCAAUGGAGUGACAAAUACAUUAGUGUUUCUAUUUGGUUAUAUGUUGACUGUCAGAAUUAAUUAACUGAACCAAGAAAAUGUUUGUGUUGCUGCAUAUAGUCUGUAAAAUCUAUCCCUAUGCACAUCAGACAUACAUUUUUUUCAGAAUGAAUAUCAGGCCACAGAUUUUAACGUGUAGUGCUUAAAAAAGAUGAUGUGAGAAACCUUUAAGAAGGUUCACUAACUAUUCCUAUUGCUAUGUUUUGACUUUUUUCCACCACAUAUAUACAGGAGUGAGAAGGCGUCGUAAAAUAACUUAUUCCACCAUCACUGUCGGGUUUUAGAAAAACCACGCGAGUGCUGGGUGCCAUCUAUCUUGCUGUGGGUUGACUCUUUGUUCUCGACAGUGGAAAAGGUUUUAGAGGCUACCUAGCGCUCUGAGAAGCCUCCAGCAUCUACUCAGUUCAAAGCUGCCGCAGAGAUGCUAGUUAGAACUGAGUGGGUCUAACCUGAACAUGUGGAAAUGUCUUUGAUACACGCUGUAGACGUGUGUUAAGAACAACAAGUAUUUUUUAUCUUUGCAACAUAGCAAUAAUCUCGUCUUUACUUCUACUAUAUUAUUCUUUCUUUCCUGCAGUGUGUUAUUUUUUGAUAUGUAGAGGCAUUCAUGGAUGGUUUGGCCACUUACGAGCAGUUAAAGAAGAUGUAGGUAUCUCACUCUUAAGUUGCUGUGUGCCUCAUCUCAUUCACCAGCUAUUGUCAAAUGUAACUUUGUCUGCUUUUUAUCAUUGGGUAUUUUAAUGGGCAAGUUUGAGUCCUUAUGCUUGAAAAAGCUAGAGCUGCUAACUGCUUGAUCAUAUCUUAUAACUCAUCUUUAGGUUACUGUGGCAACUCUGUGGCUACCUGUCUUCUGUAAUUUGUUGCCUGUUAACAUUACAGAACAUUUUUUUAACACAAUGUUUGUACUCAUGGCUGAUACUGGAGGAGAAUGUACAAAACGCCAACAUUUUCUGUUAAUCUAUAAUUUUAGACUAACUCUACAACUAGUUUCCAAUUGGCAAAAGUGUGAAAUGGUUUUGAACAGGAUUUAAUGCUUAUGUCAGGCUGUGACUGUUUCCCUGCUUAUGGGGGAGAAUGCGUUAAAACUUGAGAAUAUUUAGGGUAUUUAGGGACAUCUAUUAGGCCACAAAUCACAACACUGGGCUGUGACAGGUAACGUCAAACCAGUAUAUCUGGUCACCUUUUUGGUAAUAAAGUAAUGUGUGGCGGCAGUAGCUCAGGAGGUAGAGCAGUCGGCCAAUAACUGAAAGGUUGGUGGUUCGAGCCCCGUCCUGUUCCUAGUCUGUCUGUUGUGUCCUUGGGCAAGACACUUAACCCACCUUGCUCCCAGUGUGUGUCCUCCACCGGUAUAUGAAUGUGAGUGUUGUGUGGUGGUGGUCAGAGAGGCCGUAGGCGCACACUGGCAGGCACGUUUCCGUCAAUCUGCCCCAGGGCAGCUGUGACUACUAAGGUAGUUUACCACCACUGAGAUUUGACUGUGUGAGUGAAUGAAUGAUGUAUCCAAUGUAAAGCGCUUUGAGGGUCUCUGAUAAAGUGCUAUAUGAAAUCUGAUGUAUUAAUAAUUCAAAGUUUUGUGGCUGUUACAUCGCAGAUGUUAAUUUUGCAGAUAUAUAACCUAAAUAUCACUUUAUCAUUCUGCAUCCAACAAAAGCCACUUUGACAAAGACAAUGAGUAUCAAAAAGGACAUCUGUGUAUUUCAGAACAAAGGCUUUGACAAAAGCAACAUCUUCUUGACAGUGAAUGAUGGUGCAAUCACAACCCUUUUUUCAUCUUGUUUAAUGGAGACAACAGAAUCAACUCAACAUGAUGGCUCUUCACAGUCCCUUUAAAGAAAUAGGCAUAAAAAGUGGAAGUUCACAUUAAGAAUACUGUAGAUGGCAGUUAUUCUGUAAGUGUGAAUCUGUGUUUUUGGAUGCAUUUUGAGUCCGUAAGGUAUGGCAACCCCCCUGAUGGAAGCUGAGACCAUCAGCUUUAACCAGUUUUCAGGAAAACUUUAUCCCAUAAUUAAUUAAUAGCACUGACCUCUCUGACAUCAUGCACGUCAUCUGCAUAAAAUUGAUAACAUCAGAGUAAAGACGUGCACAUGCAACUACAAAUGUAAUGACAGGCCAUGCAAUGGCUCUUGUCUUAUUUGCAUAGUAGUUAUCCAUGCCCCAGUUUUCUUCACUCUCUAAUCACUUUUUAACUCUUCCUAUCUUUACUCUGACUCUCACUGUUUCUUUCACUUUUUGGCAAUCUGCCCUGCAACUGCUGCUCCCUCCAUCACCGUAUUGCCUGACUGCAUUCCUCUCAUUCCUGCUGGCUUCCUGUGACUGGAAGAGGAGUGAGUCCUACUGGCCACAAAACUCAACCUUGGAGUCCUACCCAUGUGUGCCAUAUGUGUCUUUUCCCCUCUGCACCACUUUGGCUUUAUUUCAAAAUCAUUUUGGUUAUUCUGUGUAAAGCUGAAUCUCCGUACUCCAUAUGUGCGGCUUGACUUCUCCACAGUAUCUCACUCAGAGUCUCAUUGGGAUUUAGGUAUGGGAUGAUUUUACUCUGUGGGCCAAUGACUGUCCCUCUUUUAUGGUUUAGUUGACCAAACACAUGGACAGGUGGGCUGAAACGCAAACAAAUAGAUCCAAAUAUCCUGUGAAACCUAGAAGUUACAAUGGGGGGGAUUUUAAAAGGACAAGUUUAGUGACAUUUCAUUUGCUUGUACUUAUUUCACUUAUUCAGACCACAGUCAGCCUUGUGACUCAGGGUUGGACUGUCAUGUCCCGCCAAGUUCACGGGGUAAAGACAUACUGUUGCUGAAUUCAGAAGAGUGUUGUUGAAUGAAGAUACUCUUUUUUUUUUCUUCACUCAUGCUAUGAUUUUUCCCCGUAGGGACACAAUUUAACACAACAACAAACAAUUGACUCCCCGCACAUGACUGGAACAAGUCUGGGUCACAUAAAAUCAAGUUCUAUCUUAGCCUGCAGUCUCACACUGGUUGGUUUGUCCUACAUUUGUGUGUCUUCAUGGGUAUGAUGAUGCUGUCCAUUCUUUCAUUCAUUGGCAGAGGUCAGAUUUGGCCACAAGAAAAUAAGAAAACCAUUAGAGAUGAGUUUGGGUGAGAACUUGUAAGAAUGGCACAGUAAAGUUUUGUGUCUGAGUUUGCGGUAAUGCAUGCUGGUGUAACCAGAACUUCAGUGCUAUUUGCCUCUGUGGAUAUUUGCCAACUGUUUCACAAGUUGGUUAUAUUAUGGUAAAAUCAGGAAAGGGUCAACAUACUAAACAAAAGUAUCUCAUACUAUGCCAUAAGAAAAGCUUCAUGUUAGGCAACAGGAUAUGAUGGCUAUGCUCUGUAAAUUCUUUGUAAUACAAACUUAAAAAUUAAAUAUAAGAAAUACCAGAUUGAUUUACUUCAACAAAAUCAAUGAAUUGACACACCAAUAUCAUUAAUUUUCAUUGCUAAAUCACAAUACUUUUCAAAUACAUGCUAUCUCAAUUAGUUUUGAGAUAUAACUUUUGUUUUAACCCCUUUUGGGGUGGAGUUAGGCUUACUUAUCUUUACAUCCUUUACACUUUUACAUCAUUACCAUUUUAAAGCAUUUUUUAGUAAUCAUUUCAUGUUAUCUUAGUCAUUCUCAACAUUUGCCUCAGAAACCUGGUGAUUUAAAACUUGGCACACUGGACUACGUAAAGGGAUUGUGUGUAAGGUUUCUGAUCCUGUGUUAUGAUAGCAUGUCCUUGGUUGCCAGUCCAACAGGAAAGAUGCAAAGUAGCCUUUUAAUGCCUGACACUACAAAUUAUGGCCAGAAAAUGCUGAAAAGCUGAAAUGUUUAUUUCACUUACUACUGAAAACCAAAAAAUUUCAAAUGUCCUUAAAAUUUAAAAAAUAUAUUUAUUUAUCUCGUUUGAUACAUUAGAUGUUUUUUGAUAAACUACAAGAGGAACUUUUUUUAUCAUUUAUUGGCCUGUAUUCAAUCCAAUCCAAUCCACUUUAUUUAUAUAGCACAUUUAAAAAAACAUUUAAGUUUACCGAAGUGCUGCACAAUAAAAUUAAAAGAACAAACACUGCAGAAAACAUCAAGAUGACAUGAAUAACAGCAGGUAAAAAACAUUAAAAAAUUAAAUGAAAUAAAUGACAUAAAAACACAAAAGCAUAAAAGGACAGAGAUCACACAACUCUCAUGCUGAGCUAAAAGCCAAGAAAUAAAAAUGAGUUUAAAGAUGUGAUUUAAAAGUAGAAAGAGUGGGCGAUGUUUUAAUCUGUGUGUUCCAUAAUUUGGGAGCCACAGCCAAGAAAGCUUGGUCACUACGGGUUUUUAAACAAGUUUUUUGAAUAUUAUUAUUUGGUAUUCAGGUGUUUUUAGUAAUUUGUUGAUCAUAUUGAUUUGAUAGAAGUAUAUAAAAGUAUGUAUCAAAUAUUAUACAAAAGGCAAUAAAGGGGCAAUUGUGCAUUAUUGAGGCAUGCAACUGUCAGCUCCAGCCUACAGGGGCAGUGCUGCGCUAAGACACUGACACACCUGCAGGUCUCCUGUUGGCUGAAAUGAAGAUCUUAAAUAGGCUGAAUUAACCUCUGAUUUAGGCAUCAUGUGGGUUAAACAUGGUAAAAAGUAUGACAGUUAAUGUACCCUAAAAGGAAAGGACCCCAAUUCUGCUAUUUACUUGAGUGUCAAAGUUCCCAAUUUCGGGGGUAGACAUGUUGCCCCACAAACACACUUUCAAACUGUCUCCUUUACCCUGUGGAGUUCAGCAGAUGGAGCCCUCACACCGGCCGUAAACACACACGGAUGUGAGAGAGUGUCACAGCAGGUUUUAUCAGCGGUUUCACUACCGACAGUCAGCUUCAGAGAGGAGGAGACAGAUAAGGAAAAGCUGCUCUCGGUGUCGGUGCCUUCUCUUACAUAAUUAGCGAGAACUUGCUAAUAGGACUUUUACACAGUUUACACAGCUAUCAUAGACGCGCGUGCCGUCGGAUGAGAGCGACGUUUUUGAUUUUUACCGCAAAAGAGCAAUUUAUAAACCAACGCAAAUACUGAAGUUUCGACAAAAGGAGUGAGGAUGAAAAAAGCAGACAGCCGGACCAAGUUUUUAUUCUUCAUUUCUUUUCUCUUGCCUUGCUUGUUGUAACUCAAACCUGGUUACAAGCAGGUAGAAAGAGCUUCGCUUUUGAACUGCAGAUACCUUGAGAAGGUAAGCGAUGUCUCUUUGGUGACUUUAAAUGUGUGAUUGUUAGCAGGCUUCCAAUAAUCUCAGUUGGUACUUUCUUGUUAACAUCGACUCGUGUCAGCUGUUUUGAUAACACUGUCCUUAAAGUAUCCUUGCUUUAUGGUAACAAAAGAGAACCAGAUCUCAGCUGCAUACCAGACACUGUUAUUUAAUUUUUCUGGCUAGCAUCCAAACUGAGCAGGUGUUGAAUGGCACCUUUCUGAGAUUUUCAGUAGCAGAGAGCUGCUUUCCUAAGUCGAUUCAAAGUACUAUGUUACUAAAAAAAGAGCUGUAAUAGUUUCCUGAAUCAGACAGUGAGCAUGUGAAGGUUAUGACCCAGACUAUAGUAAGAAUCAAUGUGUAUGUCAUCACCUGCCUUCAUAUUGGCAAUGUGAAACCUAAGGGUCUUGGUAAUUAUCCUAAUUUGACAAGUAACAUGACCAUUUGAAAGUGUUAAAUAGUGCAAAUAAUUGUGUAAUUAUGGUAUUAAGGCUCCAUUGUGAGUGCUGGUGUAGACUUUCCUUCAGGAUGGAUUUCUACCCAUAACGCCACUCAAAAGUUUGACUCAUUCACCACCAGGCAACAAAUGUUUGGUUGUUUGAUGGAUCGUGGGGUGGGUUGGUGUUUGUAUUGUGAUAGACAUCCCCUCAAAAUGUUAGAUCCCACCCAAGCUCCUUGAGUCCUCACAAAAUGAAAACAUGCAAACACACAUGUACAAAAGGCAGCCAUGCGUGGAGUAAUGUUCUCAUGUGUCCAGGUCCCUGAUGAGAUCAUAGCCUUGGUGCUGUAGCAGAUACAGUUACAUUAGUUUCAUGUGGGCCAUGCCAGAGGAAUUAACACCACCUAUACUGUACAGCCCGCUUUCCUUUGCCCUUUAAAUCUCACUGUCACUCCUUAACAUUUUGAUCACAUCAUGCCAGGUUUCCAGGGCUGUUCAUUUAUGCUUUAGCUGAAUAAAUGUUCACCUGUAUGCAAUGCAUUCAUGGUUGCCUUUAAGUAUACUGUAAACUCAUGACAAGCAUCUGUGCGUGAGUUUAAAAAAGUUUAUCACUGGAUUAAGACUUGUGAUACCCAGUGUCCACUUUCACUGAAGUCAAAGAGACACUUAUCAACAAUCAUUUCAGAGUAAAGACUAAAUCAUUCCUCUUACACUAGAGCUGAUGAAAUUGUGUUGAGUGUGGGGUUUGUCCACAUUCUUUUACAACCAGACAGCUUGAUGUCAACACAAGUCUCUUCUUUCCCUCUCAGAUCAGCUGUGAGUCACACUCCUGUCUAACUUGUUGUAAGGCAAUGCUGGUAACUUAUAUAAUUCUCACACAAUGACACAAUUGCAGACUGUUUUUUUUUAACUAUCUCUCUAGGUAUGAAACAGGGAUUCUCUGUAGCUAACCUACCCUCUGUAAAAAAAUAGUUUGAAUGUGCAGCCUCUCCUAAGAAUACAGGAAAUGCACUGGAGCUGAAGCUGCAGUGAAACAAAUACAGGGAUGCUGUUAUGAUUGACUUUUCCAAGCCUUCAAAAGUAAAGGCCAAAACAAAUCCUCCUGGAUCUAUUUACCAAUAUUUUGGUAUAUUUCUCCAAUUUCUUAAAGCAUUUAGGUCAUAAAUCCACAGCACCCUUGGAUCAGUAUGUUUUUUUAUUUAAAAUACAAGUCCUGAUAAAUCUGCAUUAUUAUUUAUUUUGUACAACAAAUUUUCCCAGUACAAGAAGUAUAAAGUAAACAGGCUUAUAAGUUCAACAAAAGUAAAUAAAUAAGCUGAUAUUUUGGUUAUUAAAUAUCAGGGAUUAGCAACUGAGUCUAAGUCACAUUAUCAGAAUAAACUGUCCAAUCAGACCACUAGUCCAAGACCCAAAAUACGAGGUAAUAAAGUAUUAUAUGGGAUGGGGCUGAAGCUGUACUAAGUAUCAUUUUAUCACCUCACCUCAAACUCCUGGAAAGAGUUUUUAGCUAGUUAUGUAUCAGACUGAAUACCAAUGCCUAUUUAGGAGCCAUAAAGGCAAACAAGACCAUCAGUACCAAGACUGACUGAGACUGGUGAAAAUAUUUUUACUUGCUCACAGCCACUACACAACUGGGGAUAGUUGCCAAAGAAAAAAACAGUCUUCUGAACUUUUUAUUUUGCUAAAAGAUGCUAAAUGAUGGAUGCCUUUAAAGCUGCAGUCAGGAACUUUCUGUCUGUGUUGACUUGCUGCCCCCUAUGGACAAAGUGGUAACUUAUAUGUUGUUGUUAAUUUAGUUUCAUCCUUGCAAAACUGGUGUUGAUUGACAAAAAAUUCUCCUGUUGUUUUUAUUUAUUUAUUUUUAAAUAUUUCAAGUCUUGUCUUUAAUGGUCUCAUUAGGUUAAAGAUGAGAUCUCCAGUUUAAAAGGCUCAAAUCAACUACUAGAUAAGAUGUACCCUUCUGUCUACUCAGGGCACUAAAAUUGACACAUUAGAGUUCCUCACAGGAGCUUUAACAUCACAACAUAUCAAUGAAUUACUAUGCUCAUCAUAAAUACUUCGUACCCAUGGUGUAAUCAGAUUUUUAUCACGUCCUCUCAGUGGUGAAAAAUAAAAAGUUAAAGCUCAUGUGAGGAAUUCUUUUAUAUGUAAUCAAUUGAAAUUCCCAUUGAUACAUUUUUUUAUGAUAUACCAAAGCGGAAAAAAAAUGCCACUAGCAACAAGGUUAACAAUUUUUUUAUAUUUUAACUUUUUUAAUGAAACCGGUGCAAGGUGGUGAACGCUGAAUGUAAAACUUUAAUUUUGUUAUCUUUUAAUACUGCAUGGAUGAAGAAGAUGUGCUAAGUCAAGUCAAUCUUUAUUUAUGUAACACAUUUAUAAAUAACCAGUGUUGACUUAAGUACUUUACAAAGUAAAAACAAAAAAAAGACAAUAGAUAACUUUAUUUUUUUGGAAUGGUGAUGAUUAAUCCACCACUAGUGGAUUAAUCAUAUAUUGCUUGUGUAUUCAACUGAGUAAGCACUUGUAGGGAAGAUCUGUGUCUUCUUUAUUGAUCCAUCCAUCUACUUCAUGUCAUAUUAAAAAAAAAGUCAUAUUAAGCUAUGAGGUUAUUAUUUAUCCAUUUUGGUCAUAUCAGUGUGCUGUAGGCCAGUUGUGGAAGCGAACAUAAACCUUUCCCAGGACAGAUAACCUUUAAAAGUCCUCAGUGUUUUCCCAGUGUGAGCCACAGCAGUGCGCUGACAAUAGAGACAGUGUUCUGGACUGGCCUGAGCCCCGGAUCACAUUUCCUGUUCCUGAUUUAAGAUCAACUCAGCUGACUACUGAUACACUCUGCCCCCUCAAAAAAAAAAAAAAAAAGAAAAACAGCAGCAGACCCAUCACUCUAUUUGUGAAUCAUGGGAGAGUAUGUGUGUUUUUGUGUCUGUGGAGCAGAGAGCAGAGAUUUACAGGUAUUGUGAAAAUCCAGCAAGUUUAAACAAAGAAAGCAACUGAAUCAAAUCCAACAGAAAAACAAGGUUGUACCAGAUGACAGUAACCUUUAUCUUACUGAUUACAAGGGAGUAUUAGCAGCACACACCCCCUCUGUGUUCAAAAACAAAAAGUUAAAGCAGCUGUGCCACUUACAGUAGGAAGUGGGUUUUAAACAGGCACUUCCAGUCAAAUUAUAUCAAUGACAGGCACUGGGUUUUUACAUGAUUAAAAAACAAUUUUCAUAUUUGCAUGGUGAUCGGUGGGUGUGUGGCGGCCCCAUUACUGAAGGUAACAUCUGGUUAUUGAAGGAUCGCGGUGCAGGGGUGGAUGUUUGUAGAAGGAAAUGAGGUAAACACAUCCCUGAACUGAUGCACUAAUACAGCAGUGCAUCAUCAUCAUCAUCAUCAUCAUCAUCAUCAUCAUCAUCAUCAGUGAACUUUUGAGUUACAUAAAAGAAGUCAGCUGGAGCACCAAUCAGGACAAACAGCAGCUCCCAAGCUCUGGUUUGCAUAAUUGAGGGCAACGUUGAGGUGAAAAUUUGUGUGAGGUAUGUCUGUCUGAGGGUGUGUUUUUGUACCAGUGCACUGUGUCACCACUCGCCUAUAAACAACAAGCACCUGCCAAGUUAUGAAAGUAUCUUUGUUGAUAUAUUUACGGUAAUACACAUUGUGUUUCCUCAGGCAAGACAGAGUUUCAGUCUCAUGCAGACCUUAUGACUGAUCCUUAUGCCAAAUUUAGCUCUGUUUUUACCCUCCAAAAAAUUGACCUUUUGAAUCUCUUAGGAGAAAAAAAAUCAUUUCAACAAUUGUCAGUCUGUUUGGCUUGUUGAAGCUGGUGAUCACAGUAAAGGGCAUAGUAGCUUGUGAUACUUUCUCAUGUACACUCAACUCCUCACUCAGUGAGCAAGUGACCCCCUCGUCUUAUUCCCGCGCUGCCCCGGGGAUACAUCAUCAAGAGGAGUCUUAUAACUCUUUGACUUUUGACCUUAUGGUUGAAAAGGGUGGCAGGGACAGUACAAAAAACAGUGCUGAGGACUUUGACAGAGAAAAAGAACAGACUAGAUGAUGAGAAAAUCUCAUAUUUGCUGAUUUUAGGCAAGUUAACAUGGGCACUAGCAGGGAUCCUUUGUCUUCUGCAGUCAGCCUAAAGUUGACACUGUCAUGUUUGGGCCAUAAGGCAUUAAAAGCUAGUGAUUAAAAGUCACAAAAUAGCCUUUUGGAAAAAUGUAUUUGACACUUCUUGCCAUUGAAAAAAUGUUUUUCAGUUCAUCACAUUUUCUUUUUAAGAAGUAACUCAAAAGGGGGAAAAAGUUUUUGCAACCAUUGAAUAUGUCAACAAAGAAUCAACCAUUUUGUUGUGAUAAUCAGAUAUGAAGAACAAUUCAUUGUUUAUAUUACAUUUGAUUAAAACUCAAAGUUUUAUCAAAGCUUCAUGCAAACAAAUUUAUACUUAACUUGAAUCAGGACAAAUUACAUAGGUCAAAAAUGAUUUCUUGCUUAUUGAAUAGUCAUUUAUUUCAAUAAGUGUUCACCUGUCAGCCAACAGAAGGCUGCAUAAACUGUCAAUAAGCCAAAAUCAACAGCACACAGUUAGAAGUGAACCUUAUCUUCAUCCAUCUGCUGUCGGGCUGAUAUAUAUAAGGCUGGAGUUAUUGACAGGAACUUGCACACACGCCAUACACAUACAGAGGCAUGCGUGGGCAUUUGGGAAUACUAUUAAUAUACUCAUAAGCAAACAUAUGGCUCACACUAAAGAACAAGUGCUACUUUGCUAUUAAUAUGUCAAGAAACAGCAUAGAACAAACUCACUGUCAUCAACAUGUGUGCACUUGCAUGAUUACAUACAAUAACACAAGUGUUCACUGACAGGUGACUCUAAAAAUAAACUGCCAUGGUUGCACACACUGGAACUUGCACAAAGAACCACAGUGUUCCUCUAAAGGAAACAAAUGGGCACUAUUAAUAUAUUGGCACCAACACACGCCAGCACUGACACACUGACACACGUGUACAUGCACCCUCAACUGUCGUAAAGGAAGAUCCUACUUAUGCAAACACAAAGACCUGCUGUGUACACUCAAAGGAAACAACUGCAAGCUAUUAAUAUCUUGGCGCACUUUGGAUGGACCCACACAACACACACACACACACACAUAUGGAUGCACACAUUAGGAGAAUGAUACUCCAGCUGCUCAGAAGCAGAGGGACAGAAUGUCCCCAACAGCUGUGGAUUCCUCCUAAUGUAAGGAUGGGGGAGGGACGGAGGAGAGGGCGAGGGAUAGGUGGUAGGCUGGGGGGGAUUGCUGAAGGUGGACAGCAUGUUGGAGAAGCUCUAACAGUCUGCUGCUAAUAUAGAGUUAGCUUGAUUGUGAAUUUACAGGACAGAAUUAAUAGGAGGGGGGUGGCUUCAGCUCUACAUCAGAAUUGAACUGAUUUUUUUAUUUUAAUCUAAAAAGGGAAAUUAACAUCGAUUCCCACUCGUGAUACAGCCUAAACCAGGGUUCCCAAAAUGAUUUUUAUUUUUUUACCUCCCACAGCUGUAUAAAAUGCAGAAUCUUAUCACAUUCAGAUAAAUUGGAAAGUAUUUUUAGCGCUGACCAGAAUUUAGAGCUGCCAUCAGCAACCAUCAUCUGUGCUGCCUUAAGUGGCCCUCAGGACUGGAAAAAGCAUGCCUGGUUUUGAGAAUAUCUUGAUUUGGCUAGUGUGCUUUUACUGUGGAACAAGGGGGAAAAAAAGAAACUUCUUUUAGAGUUGUUUGUCAACAGUUCAUGGUUAAUCGGCGUCUUUUUAGUCAAUUCAGUUUUAAUUUCUUUGCUGGUUCUGAUUUACAUACUUGUAAUUUGCAGAGGAAAUAUCUGUUACUGGUUCAUUUAAACUGGCUAAUGGGGUAAUUGUGUAUAUAACUUAAGUCCCCAUAAGCAAUAUAUCACCCCAUAAAAAUGCACAUAAUAAACAGUCUUAAAAACAUACUUAACAGUCUUAAAAUAUACUUAAAGUCUACCAUGGAAGCUAUUAUGAUAGAGAUAUAGGGAGGUACUAAGACAUACGCUCACCGGCCACUUUAUUAAGUACACUUGUUCAAUUGGUUGUUUACAUAAAUAGCUAAUCGUGUAAACAUGGUCAAGAUAAUUUGCUAAAGUUCAAAGUGAGCAUCAGAAUGGAGAAGAAAUGGAAUUUAAGUGACUUUGAACGUGGCAUGGGUGCUGGUGCCAGAAAGGCUGCUCUGAGUAUUUCAGAAACUGUUGAUCUACUGGGAUUUUCACACACAACGAUCUGGAUAAAGAGGAAAUAGUUAGUGUGUGGCAGUUGUGUGAUGAAAAUGCCAUGUCAUUGUUAGUUUAGAGUAGAAUGGGCAGACUGAACGGUGAUAGAAAGGCAGCAAACCAAAUAACCACCUGUUAUAGCUGAGGUAUUUUAGAAUACCAUCUCUGAAGACACAACACGUCGAACCUUAAAAAAACAGAACGUGCUACAGCGGCAGGUAACCACACCCGGUGCCCCUUCUGUAGGUUAAGAACCUGUGUACAGUUCACACAGGCUCACCAAAAUUGGACAAUAUAAGACUGGAAAAAGUUGACUUGUCUGCAGAGUCUCGAUUUCAGCUGCAACAUUCAGAUGGUAGGGUCAUGGCUGAAUUACUGUUGUUCAGUUUUUGUAACUUAAUGAAUCUUUGCCAUUAAAACUGUAAACAGAAGUUGAGUAACUGCAUGCAGUUGGUCAUUAUUUCUAUAUUUUCUCUGAACUUCUGCUCUUUUUACUUUAUUGUUCAUCUAACCAGACACGGACCUCUUGCCUGUAGCUUGUGUUGAUGUAUACAAAUAGUAACUAGCACUUAACCCCAAUGUGUGACUUCCAGACUGAACUCCAUCCAAUACCACUGUAGAGUCACUCCAGCCCAACAAUAAACAAGUCAUAUUUUAGAGUCACAUUGUGAAAAAGAAUACUGCUGAAAGACAUCUGUAACUCUCAAACUGCAACAAUGAGCCAACGAGGCCUUCAACCAAAAUAGCAGCUUUUUCUUCUAAAUGAACUAAGAGGAUGUUAUGGUUUAGACUAACUUUAGAAACAGGAAGUCACUGUUUCUAUCACUCUGUGUGUGUGUGUGUGUGUGUGUGUGUGUGUGUGUGUGUGUGUGUGUGUGUGUGUGUGUGCGCGCGCGUGCAUAAGUGAAGACUGUGCGUGUGAGUGUGUGUGCUUAAGCGUGUUGCUGCAAAAGGCUCGCAGAAAGAGGAUGAUGGUUGUGAAACGAAUAUGCUAUUACAGAAACCAGAAGUUUGUCUCUUGCCUAUUUUUAGCACCACAGCACUGAAAUGAGAGGCAGAGAAGCACGCAAACAGAUCCUAUCUUGAUGCAGUUCUGCUUAUUUCGAAGACAUUCCAGAUUUUUGUCUCAUAAAUAGCUUUUCUUUUCUUUUACUUCAUUAUGCAUCUAGCAUUUUAGGCCGUGUUUGAUUUAUAGCUGACUCUAGAAAGCAAUGUCACCUGAAGGUACGUAAACCAAGGCAUUGCAAUUCUUUUGUAAUGUCAUGUUAAAAGAAGUUAGAAGGGUAGAUUUAUACUCUGUAACAUGAUGGAGAAAGAGAAAGAGUAUUUUCUUAAUUUUCAUAAAGCUUUGGAGUCAAAGAACAUCAGCAGAAGCUCUCCCUUGUAAAUUGCUCACAGUAUCCUGAUAGAAAAUGUAAGAAGUAAAAGUAGACAACGCAAGUUUAGUCAUACAUUGUUUGAAAAAAAAUGGUUUACUGUACUUUUCAGGGUUAAAAUAAGCCGCAGGUGUUUCUUUCAGUCAGGAUGAGAAGUCAGACUGACUUCCUGAUCAUUUCCUUGUUCUCACAGGAACUUUCUUGUUUAGUAUUCACGCUUGUUUGUGUGUGUUUGAAUGCAGCACCAACACCACCAACCAACUGCUUUAGUGACUGAGUGAUUUUCUUUUUCCCCUAGAAAACACACAAACUUUCUUCAGAUAAUACAGACUGUCUUGUUGCCAUGGCUACUCCGGUUGCACUUUUUACAAUUACCAAUGAAUCAAUCCAAAACUUUAGAAACCCUUUUCAAGUAUAACGCUGACAUACAAGCACAGACCAGUGUAAAAAGAGAGCAGUAGCUGUACUGUGAGUCUCUCUGAGACAGAUUACUUGUUGCCUGUUUGACGUGUCAUGGCUCCCUUGAGUUACCUGGAAAGGUAAGAUUCCAGUGACGCAAGAGAACUGCACAGAGCAAGAAACGUAUUACAGGUGUAAUGUGAACAGGCUAAUCCUUGGUUUUCCUAGCUAUAAUCUGUAAAAACAAUCAUGCACCCAUGUUUUAGUUCUUGCUCAUCUUAAUUUCUGUCAGCCUCUGUGUAAUGAAAACACAUGACUGUUCUUCAUUGAUAAAUCCUGUAGUUUUUUGUAGUAUUGCAUGAACACGCGGCAUUACAGGACUGAAACCAUAUGGUUCCAACUGUGCAAUAUUAUCUUGCACUGUAACUGAUUCUUGUCUUAACUCUGUGUCUGUUUUUUCAUGUUCUUCUCUGUGUGUAAGUCUCACUUGACCUGCAGUAAUAAGACCGUGGGAGUGUUUUCCCCUCCAGUGGGAUUCUGUCAACCUGAAACACCUUCACAGACAUGAUUAUUUCUCCCUUUGAGUCAGUGUUGCUGUUGGAAAAGAGGGUCAAAUAGCCAGGCCAGGGUCUGCAGGAUUUACUGUAUGGCUCCAUGUGAUGAAGUUGUCUUUGUAACUGUGUCCCAGUUCAAGGGCUGCAUCCAUUGAAGAGUUAGGCCGUUGUUGCCAGUGUAGACUGCUAAGACUAAGCUAAAAACAGGAUUUCCUGUUUGUCUCACCAGCUGUUCUGCCGAACCCUGGCAUCAUAAAACCUUAUGCUGUCACCCAGCAACAGAUAAAUAGCUAAGAUUGGUUAACCAACUUGCAUGACUAAUGUCACAUAACUUAACAUCUCAUUUCAAAGAUUAUUUGAGGUACUAUGGACCCCCUUUACCAUUUUGCACAAUUGUUUGGCUGAUUUGGUUCAAUACUAAUACUAACACUUCAAGCAUACUCCUCGGCCUCUUGAGAGUCUGUCAUCUAGUUUGAAAUAUCACACAACAGUUCUUAGGGAAGGUUGGACCACAAAGGACGUGCCCAUCGUUUUGUCCUUUAUGACCAUCAGCCAGCUUUUUUGUUUUCCCUUUUUUGGGGGGGCUGGCAAGAUGGUCUGGACCUACUUAUAACAAAGUGGGUAAGACUAUGUAUUAAUUACUUGCCACUUAAAUAUUCAUUUACAUAUUACGUGUUAUCCUGGGUUUGUUUGUGUUAUCACUGAGUUACAAUUCACAAGAGUCAAAGUUAUAGUCUUUAGUUCCAGUUAUAGUACACUGUAAUAUUUCCUGAUUUAUUUGUUUGGAGUAUUAUUCAGUUAAGUUAAAUACAGACAGUUAAUGUAGGAGUUUCAUUUGAUUUCUUUGAUUUAAGAUGUGCUCUAGUCUGAUUUCAUUUGAGAUUCAUUUUGUUUGAAUCUGGUAGAAGUUGUCUUGUUUUUGUUCAUUCUGAACAAUUUCCCUCCCCCCUCAUACAGACCAGACCAAUCACAGUCCUUUAACCCAUUUAAACCGGAACAGCAUGUACACAUUUCCAUAGACAUAUAAGAAAGGCUAGAUGAAUCGAGGCAGAGUCACUGGCGUCCAUACACGGCGAUCAUCUCACUUCACUAUACCAUCUGGUACAUUGUAUGGUAACUGAUGGAAGAUGAGUAAUUUGCAUGAUCAAAAAUACUCACUGAAGACUCACUGAAAUCUUGACAGAUUUACAAACGGUUUUGUUCAUUACAUACCCCAAUAACGUUGUUAUGAGUCUGUAUGCUUGGACAUAUUGAUGUAGCAGAUCUUCUUUAAGGAAAAAAAAAAGACUUAAUUGUGCAGCACAGUUGUUUCAUAGCUAUGUGUGUGUAAGGACUAACUUUUGAGUCACUCUGUGCAAGUUGACAAGGCUAAGACCACAAUCUAAAUUUCAAUUCCUUGUAUGACAGCCUAUCUUCUUUGUCUAAGUGACAGUCUUUGUGGAUGUGCUUGUGUGUAUCAGCUUGGCGAACAUACUCACUGUGAGUGAGACCAAGUACACAUUACAAAGUUGGCCCAGCAAUUUUACAUCAGUUGAAGAGGCAGAAACGCUCUUUCGAUUCAACAUAACUUAUGUUGCACAUGAUUUUCAAGCUGUUUGGUUUGUUAGAAACAAUUAAAAUGGCAACAUGAGGCAGAUAUUUAUAUUAUAAAUAAAUAAAUAUAUGUUAUUAUUAUAUGUUAUUAUAGCUAUCCCUAUAAUAGAAAUAUUACUGAUAUAACAUACAGGGAAUGAUUGAAUGUUUUAUAUAUAAAUUAUAACUGUUGUGUGUGUGUGUGUGUGUGUGUGUGUAGGCCUAUAGCUAUUGCUCUACCUAUCUCUACCUAAAUUAAGCCAUCUAUGGUUAUUUAAAUGCUUCAUGCACCGUAGACUGUGAUGUUGCUGCCUGAAGCAAGAUGGCCGCCAUGCACGGACGCCGGUCUCCAUUGGCUAACAGUGUGCGUAGUCCAUCUAGCGUUUAUAUAUAUAUAUCUAUAUAUAUCUAUGCUCCAGGCCGGUGGCGCUGCUGUGCAUUUCUACCCUUCAAGUCGGGAGCGUGGAUACGUCAUUUUGUGACAUUCUGUAGUUUUACAAUCAUUACUGGAGUCGUGGCGAAUCAAAUCAUCAUACCCAUCUGCCUCUGCUAGGCUAAUAAAGCUUAAGCAAUCUGAUUCAUGCUCGGAUCUUGCUACGUGCUUCGUGAGGAAAGUAAACAAUGACGGAGGCAGAGAGCAGCUUCGGAGGAGAAGCAUCCAGGCUUAGCGAAGAUGGUGAUAUUGUCCCUCUCCUUCUCCUGCUUCAGUGGCCAGUGGAGCCACAACUCCCAAAGCAUGACUUAGGCGGGAUUUUUCAGAAGAGAAAGGCCUGCAGGGACAGUCAAGUUCUCCCUGAAAAUGAGAGAGCUGGCUGACCUCCAGUCUAUGGCUGUAAGCAGUGUGAACAACCUCUUCAUAUUGAGUGCGUGGGCUCACACUAUCUGCGUUUUCUGUAAUUCAUUUAUUUAUUAUUUAGAAUUUAGAGCUGCUUUCAUACUGGCAGAAUACUAGGGCAGCUGCAUACGCUUUCAACACUUUGUUGUUAUAUUUACAUUUGUAUUGAAUGGACACUUUAUUAUGACUGCCACUUGUUUUAUAGAAAGCAAAUAGUUUGUUAUUGUCCAGUGCAGAGUCUUUCCUUUUAUUUAUACAGCCGCUUUAUUUCAUUUGUUUGUUCGUUCAAGGUUUUCAGUAAUAUGAUGUUGAGGUUCGAAAAAAAAAAAGAUAGCUAUCUUGAAAGCCACACGUGUAAGCUCUAAAAUACUUUUUGAAUUUUGUUUCCAUCUGCUACAGAGGCAGAGAUAUCAGCUCAACCUCAGGACCUGGGGGCCCUUCUCAAAAUUGUCCUCAGGACUUCAGAGGCGUGUCUCAGACAGGGUUCAGGUCUUAAUGGGUUAAUUGAAAAUGUGGCAAGUUCUAAAAGAUGAUGAAAAAGAGGCUUCAGCCUUUUUGUGAGUAACCAAGACCUCCGGCCGGUCAGAAUCCAUUUCAAAUUAACUGUUUUCUUUUAAAUGAGAACCAGCGACUGAAUUUCAUGUGUUUCUUUCUUCCAUAAGCUGCUGUCUGUGUAUCAACAUUUUCUGUUGCUAUGGGCUGUGUUACUCUGUGAAGCACUUCCAUGUGCUGUGGUGACUGACACCCUCCUGGAAAAAGGAAAUGAACCAAACAGAUCCAAGAAUGAUGCAUUUCUAUCAUCCAUUUGAAGAAGCAAAAAUAAAACCUGACUGCCUGGUCACGCAGCUGUGAUGCAGUCAGUUUUGAGAUGUCUUUUGCAGGUUGCAGCCCCUCAGGUGGGAAAGUGGGGAAGUCCAAACUCUUUGAACCCAACUUAGUUUAACGGGAUAGGUGUCAUCUGCAUCAUCUGUAUUGUAUUCCUGUAAGUGAAGAAAUGUCUGCUUUCAUGAAGAAUCUGUACAUUGAGUCAUAUUUUGAGUUGCUGUCAUUGAGGUUUAUAUGAGUUCAGUAAAUUUCCACAUCCUUCCUUCGCUCCCGCUGUCCUUCUACCCCAGAGGGACAAUGGUGUCUCCUUCCAUGCUGUAUCUGUCUGUACUUUUGUGUCAGUUGUACUGAAACAUUCCUCAACAUGUUUAUUGGUUUCAAAUGUCAGUCACAGUGACACGUGAAAACUGUAUCAAGUUAUCUAUGAGCUUGCAUUUGUUUUUGUUCUGUUGUCAUGGUGCAUCACAAAACUGCAGUAAACCUUGAGGCCAAUGUUUCCUGAAUACCUGUGAAUAAAGCCUUAUUUUACACCGUCAGGAUAUCAUUACACCAUUCAUGCAUAUAACUCUUCAGAGAUUUAAACUCAGGUUGCUCCGUCAUAUUGACAGUGCUCUUUGAAUUGCAUUAAUGGAUGAAAACAUUCAUGGCCUCCCUCUCACCCAUAAAAAGACAUCUGUCUUUCGUUAGGACACAGGAGCUUAGUUGAGUUGUCUCACUUGUGCUAAAUUUAGUUUUUUAUUUCCUUCAUUUUUGUAAAUCCUGGAAGGGAGAUGACAGAUUCAUGUACCUGACCCGAAUGCCUGACCACACAGUGUUCAAAUCCGGCUCCCUGUUUCCCCUGCUCUUUUUCUUUAGUGGCCCUCUAACCCCAACACACACACAAACACCCCCCUCUCUUUUGCUUUCCUAAAUGUAGUGCUGGACAAUGGCCGGUUCAUUGAAGGCAGGAAGAUUUGAAUGAAAUGAAAUAUUACUCUUUAAAGUGCAAAGGUUUUGUCAAAAUACACCUACUGAAUGUGCGUAUACUUAUAACCGAACUGAGAGCAUUGUUGUUUAAGCUGUAAACGACACUUGGAUUGUUUCUUUGAACUCUGGUUAAAAUUAUUCUUUCUGGGGUUUCUAUGUUAUCAGCUUUACAUGUUAAUACAUCUGACCAGUAUUUAUGGGUAGUAUUGUGUCUUCAGAGUUUAGAUUAUCAAGCACUUUUUCAGGCGGGCCUACAUGAGUAACUUUAAAUAUUUCAUUCAUGGGUCAUUGUUGGCUUUGUUAGGAAUAGAGUUUCUGUGCGACCACCAGAUGUUACUCCAAGAGAACAGUCUAUAAAAUGACAGAAACUCCUAAAACAGAGUUUUUUCUGCUGGUUGUGAAUAUAAAGAAAGGCCUGUCUGUACACACUUCAUACUAUUAAGCAGAAGAACUGCCUAUUUGCCUAAUUAUUUCGUACUCUUACUCUUGGUGCAGCAGGUUUCAUGGAUUAUAUUGGAUAUAUAGUGUUUCAGCGGCUGCAUCAUGGACAUAUCUGCUCAGUUUAUAGUAUAAACCAUAAUAAUAGCAAACAAUAUAGAAAAUAAUCAACCCAAGUUCAAUAAUAGCUUCUGUGUUGUUGUCAAAGUUCCUGAUAUUAUCCAGUAAUUUUAACUGAUUUCAGAUUUAAUAGCCCUGCACCUUUGACAGAAAGUCAAACUGAUUUUUUUUUUUUACAAGUAACCCACACCACUUGUUGACAAAUGGAUGUUUCUUUUCUUUCCUUCUGUAGUUGAUGUCAACUUUAGAAAUCAGAUUCUAUCAUCCAUACAUGGACAGCCUAUGGACCUGAGUGUGACCCAGAGGUUGCUACUUCCAGGCUCAGAAUCGGCCAUGCUGGCCCCCCAACCUCCCUUCUUUCUGGGACCCCUCACCUCUCAGCAUUGCACCCAGUUUUCCCAGCAGCACUUGCAGGUAAAACAGGUAAAAACAAACUUAUUGGUCAACACCCUUUCAUAAAUCUUGAACUUUUAGAUGAACACAGCCUGAUCUUUCUUUUCUUUUUCAUGUUGUUUUCAUCUCUUUGUUAUGUUUUUAUGUAUUUGUUUAUUUUUGACAGUUAAAUUCUGGUCACAUGCAGAAAUUUUAGACAAAAUUAGACACUGAAUGCAACAGAUAUUGUUUGUGAGUUCUCGUUUUAUCAGGGUAAGAUGCAGUAAGUGAAAGGCUGAUCACACUCCUGCCACAUGAACCACAAAAACACGCCAGCUGCUUGUGCUGCACUACUUUACACAGGUGUAAUGCUCAGCAGAAAUUUCUUAGAAGCAGGUCGGGUUACAGUAAACAGACCACCUUCUCGGUCCCUCAGACUCAGAUUCUUGAAGAAGCUGGGCUAGGUUGCAUUGUGCUACACCUCCAGACAAAAUAUGUUGUAGCUUUAAACCUCUUUUAAUAUCCAAAUAUUGAGGCACUAUUCCAUCAUGUAUAGGUGUCAGUUUUUGUUUAUAAAAUUAACUCACCAAAUGCCUUUCCUUACAUGGUUUUCACCUGUACAGUUUAGGCACACUCUACCAGUCAGCUGAAGUUUUUCUGUUGUUUUCUCCUCAGUAUAACAUUGAGCAAGAGCAAAGAGAGAUGGAGGAGGAAGAGAAAAGAGAGGAGCUACAACAGCUGAUACGGAAGAGAAAACCUGGACCGAGUGAGUAUCACAUACAGUGUAGAACUCUACUGUAACAGGUCUCUGUGCGUUCUCUGAAAACCAUUUAGUUGAUGAUGUGCUCUUCAUCUGAGUCACAGCCUACUGUAGUUUUCAAUAAGAAAGUGGGGGAUUUCCAAGACUGCUGUGAUGUACUCUCUGAUUCCAAGGAAAUUUUUGCACACAUAUUGACUCAGUGUAAUAAACACUUUUUUUCCUGUAAUCUUUUUCUGUAAGCUGCUUUAACUCUUACCUUAUUAGAAAUGAAAAGGGGAAUUGAGAAAUGGGGCAGAUGCCCUGGAUCCUUUUACAAAAGACUUCUUUUUUUAAUAGAGCGACAGGUGAUUAUGAAAUAAAAGCAAUAUAAAGUUCACUUACAGAAAUAUUUUGACAUUCUUGUCAGUACUCCCCCCUUGCACAUAGUCUAAAUGACUGCGUUUUUCCAGACUGAUUGACUGCUUUUGACUGGUAGGUGCUGUAGCCAGUCCCAUGGUGAAGCAGAAACUUCGGGAACAUUUGAUCAUGAAGAGUCAAUCCACUCUUGACCGGGUUACGCCCACCCAUAGCAGUCCUACACAACGAUACAGGUGAGUGAGAAGAGAGACUUUUCCUCAUUUUUUUAAUUUAAGUUAUCUUAUACCACUAAAAUGUGAUUAUUUUGUACGCACAGGCUCCCAGUGCCCGACAUGUCCUCAAACCCUCAGUCUUCCCCUGGUGACCAGCGUAAAGACCUCGCACUACGCAGGACAUGUGAGUAACCUGUGUGGCUGUGUUUUUAUCUGUGAUGGGGGCUUCCAGCCUGGGGUUAAAACUGUGAAGGUUACUGGUGAUUUUCCAUUUCAGGCCUGUUUGGUUGCGGUAUGCUUUGUGUAAUUUGAGUCACACUCAAAGUCAUCUGACUGCAUUGCUCAGUGGGAUAUUUUGUUCAGUAUGAUACCUUUCAGUGUCUCAGCAAACUGUCAUUAUGUUACAUGCUCUGGACCAAAGAAUGGGACCGUGAGGGGGACACAGGAGUGUCCUGCUAGUGAGAAGAAGCAAAGUCAUUAAGCAGCAGGCCUACAGGGCCAGAGAGAGACUGAGCAGUAAUAAAAAAUAAAAAAAAAACAACAGUGACCGCGAGACACAAAGACCAAAACAGUUACAUAACUCAAAGCUAGGUAUGUGUAAAACGAACUGCGUGAGAGUCUGGAGCAGGUCUCCGUUACCGUGUGAAUGAGAGUGGGAGUGGUUUUGUCUUCCUGCAUACAUCCACUAGUACGCUAACAAUUCAAAAUGUUUUAUUUAUUUGUGUUGCCUUAGAAGUCUUAGGUGCCAGCCCACACACACCCAUCAGUGCUUUCCCUGGCUCAGUUUCAACCAAAGGCUGCCUUUUCUAUGCCCUGAGCCAGCCUCUGAUUGAUUGUUUUGUUUGGGCUCAUUGGAAGCUGACCAACAUAAACCUGGAACUUUUUAAUGCUGUUGACCAAGGUUGGGGUAUUUACUUUGGUCCAGAUGUGCCACAGAUCGCUUUAGAUCAGUCUUGUUAUGGAAACUCAGUGCUUUAAUGAAGUGUGUGCAUUACUGUAAAAGCAGUGUUGCUGAUGCAGAGGAUGAUUGAAAUAAGCCAGUUUCUCACAAAGCUGUGGUCAUGUGUGAAUAUAUGUGUGUUUGCCUCUUCAUGCAUUCAUAUGUAUUUUUUUGUUUGUGUAGACUCUGAGCCCAUUUUGAAGUGGAAGAUAAAAAAGCUCAUCAGUUCGAGGCCAAACCCUCUGCAUCGAAAAAUCAGCGCCCCUCCUGCAGUCAAGCACAGAACAGAAACUUUGGGUAAAGCAUCUUCAUGUAGCUAAAACACUGUUUUGAUCAUGUGCUUCUGAUCCUUCCCACUUCUCUCUCUCUCUCUCUGUUUCUCCUUGUUGCUUCUGAUAGCAUAAAAUUGCUUUUAUGUUUUUGUUUUUCACACUUUCAAAAAAUUUGUUUUUGUUAAGAAUUUAAUCUCAAGACACGCUGUGCUGACACAGUUUGAUCAAUUUCCCAUCUUGCCACGUGCGUCAUUCAUGCCGCACAAAAGAACAUCUGUUGUGACACUGUUGGCUCUCACAAGUUAAUGGGCGUGUUUGAAUUCUGUCCCCCAGACUCCUCCAACAGCAGCAACAGCAACCCAGCAUCAGGAUGCAGCUCCCCCAACGACAGCCUCCAUUCAGACAACGGGUCCCUCCCUCUGAACCAGGAGGUGAGACCUUUUUUUAUACAUAUAUUAUAGCAAUAUGGUAAACUUUUUUUCCACAUCAGCAUAAAAAAGGUUCAGUGUUAUGUUCCAGCAUCACACUCCAGAAAAAAAUGACAUUUUCAAUCCUUAGAAAACCUUUGGUGCUAUUAGCAGGGGUCCUACGCAAGUAUGGGAAGUAUGGAAAAGUAUGUAAAUAAAUUUGAUCAGGUCUUAAAAAGUAUGUAAAAUGAAAAAUAAAGUAUUGAAAAAUAUUUAUGUUUCCAGACUAUUACCACAGUUCUAAAUUACUGGUUUCUAAAAUAGAAAAGUAGGUGUUUCCAAAGAUAAUACUAAAAAGUAGGAUGUGGAAAAGUAUGGAAAUUCCAACUGUGUAGGAACCCUGUAUUUGUAACGGUUGAAUAAUGAAAUCCUUAAGAUUCAACCAUUGCAAAGCAGUGAUUAUACUGAGAUGUAUGACACUGUCAGGUGGCCCAUUAUACUGACACACACAUAUUACUUUGUUAUCCCUCUACUCUGACUCCACGUUUGUUUUGCUACACACAAGUUUUGGCAUCAUUUUUGCGCACAAGCCUGAUAUGAUUACCAUUUCAAUGUAAUCUGGAAGGAUGUCACAGUUUGUUAUGUCCCAACUAUGCAGAGAAUGUAUGAUCCGUCUUUGUCUCUUCAGGCGCAAAGGUUGCUGCUGAAGGAUGGUAGCUUGACUCAUUUCACUGUGCCUCCCAACUCCACUGCCAUGCCAAACAUCACUGCUGGACUUCCUGCUCAGGUUAGUAAGGGCACUCGAGUGGAUUCAUUCACAAUGCAUUCACAACCAGUGUUGGUCCCAUAUUCCUGAAUCAUUCAUCACUUUAACGGACAAAGAAAGAAUGGCUAGUUCAGACCAAGCAAUCUGAUUGGACAAGAGACAUUCAAUGAGUGGUUAUAUAAAGCACCGCUGUGUAUUACUCUGCAAAAUGUUUAUCACUAAAUCACACGACAGAUUCUUAUUAAACUGCUGUAGAUGCAUUGUUGUUUAAAACAUACACGUUAGUGUGUACGAAACAAAGCAUCUAAUCUGUGGUAACUAUGGACACAAACAGAGUAACUGAAACUGUUGAGUGCUGCUCCAAAACUGUUUCAGUGAAGCUGGUUGAAAUAGCAGAACAGCAAAAAAUGAUAUUUGAGUGAUUAUUAGGGGUGCACUAGAUAAAUCUCAAGGUUUGGCCUGCUUCAUGGUUUGAGGGUCACACCUUCACAUGGCCAUGACUCUUAAACAGUGCAUUUCAUGUCAUAAUGAAUCAUCACAGGAAUGAAUGCAUCUCAAUAACAGGGCUUUUCCCCUGACUUUUUCUGACUUAGUCUGAGACAGCUAUCACCCCGCCUAGAUCUUUGUCCACUUUACAGUCGUGAACCGCAGUUAUCUGCUAUAUGGGAGCAGAGUGCUUCAAAAAAACAUUCUAGCUCUGAACCAAAACUACCGCGGUCCAACUGCGAUCUGUUGCACCGCUAAUGAUUUUCACUUUUUGUAAUACAUACUGUGGUGAUGCAAGAAAGCAGUACCACACUGGAGGUCGAAACAUUGAAGUCAAUAUCAGCCCAGCUGUGUGUGAACUGUAGGAACAAGGCUAUAGGCCAAGAGACAAAGAUUAUCAGCAUGCAUCAUCACUUCCUCUGUUUGUACACUGCUUAAAUAUAUCACCUAAUAGACAAAGAUAUUUAGCCAUGCCAUAAAUGUCUGUGUAUGUAAGACCAGAUGUUUAAAAAGUGCCUACAAGGUUAAACUCUCAUAGAAACAUGUUGUAUAGUCAGGCUUUCACUUCCCUAUUGAUCUCUGCGGUGCUAUCAUAGCUUAUAAACAAGUCAUGAGAUAGCCUGCUUGCUUGAUGUCACUAUUAAAGUGUUUGAUGAGUUUCUCCCUACAUUACAAAUGAAGCCACACCCACUGCACUAAAACUCGACUGUAAGUGUAUCCCUAUUUUCUCAUGCCCUAACCAGCUUUUUAUUUUUCUUACCUCUACUCUCCCCAGGCUGACAUCCGGUUAGCAAGGCCCUUUGUAGUAUCUGCUCUGCCUCAGGUCUACCUGCCACUGGAAGGAAGCAAUCCAGCUCUGGCUCAGCGCCUACAGCCAGUACUCAUACUGGAGCCACACACUGGACUGGUGCAUUCACAGCUUGUCUCUCGUGAGUUAUCUGAAUUUCAGAGUGUUAUUUACAAAUCAAAACAAUAACAUUUCGCCAUGCUCAUGUUCCAAACAUAUUCAUUUAGCCGUGAAAGAGGCAGGACAAAAAUGUUUUGACAUGUUUGUUAUCCUUUUUAUUAUGCAAGCAACUGUUGUGCAACUUGAUCUUUUGUGCUAAAGCUGCACAAAAGAUCAAAUGACUAUUGUGAAGCAUAAGCUUUUUUUUAUUCAUCUGAAAUUGGGAAAUAAUGGAAUCCAUAAACACACAGUUUUUUUCUGUUUUGCAGUUUCACUUUGAUUCAAACUCUGCCAGUCACAAUGAAAACCUGUGUUUUGAAGAUAUAAUGAUUUUGAAUCAAUUCCAGUAACCAUGAUGGAGAUGAAGUAAAACUGUAACAACAACUGAAGACUUGUUGCACACCUUAGCUUUUAACUAUAGCAACUUUUAACCAAAUCUGUGCAUGAGAAUUUAAAGGCAGAGAAAGACACAGUGCUUGAUUCAAAUUACUAUGUUGCAUGCAGCCAAGGAUGAGCACCUGUAUUAGCAACAUAUUAGAACUUGUAGAAAGUCUGUCAAAUACUCAUCAUAGUUCAAAUCAGCUCUAACUCUCCGUACUCCUGAGUUUGUCAGAGCCACUUCAACCUGCUUACUUGAUAACGUAUCCAAAAUUAUGGAGAUUUUCCAUAUUUACAUGAAGAUGCAGUCUUACUCUAAUGUCCUCCUUUGUUAGUCUUGCUUUGAAUUACACCUCUGAUUGAAGUUUUGGCUUUUCUUUAGCUGCUGAACUGUGAGAUUUGUUCAAGACUCGGGUAGCUGGACUGCUCCUCUGCCUUCUGUCAGCCAUGAAAAUUCCUAUGAAACAAUAGACUGUGUACAUACCAUCCACUUAUGUCACUGCAGCUUUUUUUUCAAUCAAGAGUUGACUUCAUGGACUUCGUCCAAGACUUAUUAGAUAACCGGCUCACUGAACCGUCAUCACCACUGGAACAAUGAACCAGAAGCCCAGAAGCCUGCUGCCUCACUUUAUUUGGUGUUUAUGAACCAAGUGCUUUGUUUGAAAAGAUGAAGUCAAAUGAUGUAAUGGAUCAAAAUGCCAACAGAAGUCUCAGGGUUCAUCUAAUCUCUUAUUUUAAAUUGCGCUGCUGAUAUUUGGCAUUUUUUAAUCUUAUUGUCUUCACAAAAAAGUGUUAAAGCUGUGGAUGUUUUCAAGUGCAGCCAACACCUGCUUCGUCAGAUUCUUAAUGAGGCAGAAGUCAUGAAUGUAUUAAUACAAAAGGCUGUGUGAGAGCACCAUAUCCAUAACCCCUGCAGUUGAUGAGUGCAGCCUGCUGGGGGACCUAGAAUAUGUUCACUGACUUGUUCAUAUUUACAGUAUCUGUUAAUCCAAGAGUGUUAUUCUCAACAUGUACACUAUGUUUGCCCCUCCUUAGCUUUGUUACUCAUUUUGAGAUGGUUCCACAGGACACAAUUUUCAACCUUCAGCAGCUUUGUACUUCUGUCACAGUUUCAGUCUCUCUUGUGGCUGGAGCUGAAAUUAAACAAGGAUCGACAGCACCCUCAACUGGGCUUUAAGAGUAUUGCAUGUUUUUUUAAACCAUUGAAAUAGAGUAUACUGCCAUGCAGGAAUCAUAAUUUUCAGCAAGUUAAAUAUGUCUUCUGUUUUAUAUUUAUUUAGGUAAGGAAACACAGCUUUGACUUUUCACUUUGCACUCAUUUCUUUUGUUUCACAGUCAUGUUUAAACAUUUUGAUCUAGAUUUUUACAGUGCCAAAAUUAAUUCUUAGAUUGUAAUUUGCUGAAAAUCACACCUCUGAACCCCCACUUUUUUUCCCCCUUAACUCAGUUUUAAUUUGCUUUUUCUGUUUUUGUCACAUUAAUCUCAGUUUUAUCAAGCAUUAUUUCCCCCCCGGCAUAAUCCUUUAUAUCUCUUUCCCUCUCCUGCCUUCAUAUCACUUAACCUCCUCCUCUUGUCUCUCUUCUUCUCUCUGUAGUUCAUGGUGUGACCUCCGUUCCCCUGCAGCACCAGCAGCAGUCUCAUCUGUCCAGAAGGGAAGGUGUCGUUUCCUUGUCUUCCCACAGACCCCUGGAGCGAACACGCUCAGAGCCCCCGCCUUACAGCCACUCUUCGCUCGCUCUGCAUCCGGGCCAUCAGACACACCUUCACUCCCAGCUGCCACAGCAAUACACCCGUGGGGUAGAGAGGUUUAAGCAGAACACACCCCUGAGAAAGGUGAGAGGAGUUAGUCUUUGCAUGGAUUAGUGUAUGGAUACAGAAUCUAAAUAAUGUUUAAAAGAAGAUCACAUUUUCAUUAGUUGUGAGUGAACGUGUCACGGAGAGCAUUAGCAACUUCAAACCCUCUAUAAAUUUACUGUCGAACCCUUGUCUUGCACAGAUCCCAUCAGAAGAUAUGGACCUGGAGGAGAUCGGAUCAGAGUUCGGCUCAGGGCCUGGGUCUGUAUGCGGCUCAGAGCCAGGAUCAAUGGGUGAAGAGGGAUACCACAGGAGACAAAGCACAACCAGCACAGACUCCGUUUAUGACACAGAGUCCACUACCUCCUCACGGGAGAGCUUGAUCGAGCCCCCACAUUCUGUAAGUCCGAUAUAACAGUUCAGACUUUUCAUACGGACUAAAACUGUUUUUAAUGUUUUUAAAAGUAUGUGGACAUAGACAGAGAAGUUACAUUUUUAGAAUUUAUCUUUCAUAUGAUUGUAUUAUUCAUUUAGAUGCUUUGACAAACAAAAAUAUAAACUGUCUACUGUUAACAACUUCCAAUAACAUGCAUCAUUUUUGUUGUACAUGUUUUAACUGUAUAAAGCACGUUUAGGACAUAAGAGGGCGCUGUAGCGUUACAUAUCCAACUGAAAGAAGAAAGAUUGACACCAUAGUUGCAGCAUGUUUUAUUUUUUCUCAGUCAUCAGAAGUAACAGUGUUAGAUAAGCCGUUUCAAAGUGGUUACCAUGUAUUUAGAUGAAGAUACUGGAUUUUAAAACUCGUGAAUAUAAACUAUGAACAUAUUUGAACGCCUCCUCUCAUUUUUCUUUGCUGUGAAAAGCUCUUUAACUUCCUGUUCUUCUCCUCACACACACCCCUGUGAACCGCAGAGGCAGGUGAUCCUCAGACAGGGUCACCAGCUCGACCAUCUGAAUGUGCCUGCCAUAAUUUGGCCUCACCAGCCUCUGGCCCGGACCCAGUCCUCCCCUGCCUCCACAUCUCUGUCUCCAACUCCUCAUCCACCACCUGCUGUGCCUUCUCUGUCACUGUCCAGCCCUUCCACAGAUGUCAAACUGCGCUACACCACAGGUGAGCGACUCUGAGAUCAGUAAAUGUAAAAAAGAAGACAUUAGUCCCAGUUAACAGCGCUGUAUUUUAGGCUAAAUUCAUGUACCACAGACUCAUGUCGUACUGUAUGCACUUUCUGUAUCUAGGCUUGGUGUAUGAUGCUCAGAUGCAGAAGCACCAGUGUACCUGUGGGGACAACAGCCGUCACCCUGAGCAUGCUGGGAGAGUCCAAAGCAUCUGGUCCAGGCUGCUAGAAAGAGGCCUGAGGAACCAGUGUGAGGUACGACUCACACACAGAUACACAUACAGUCAAACAGUCAUCCACUGAGCCAGUUUCUAAUCAUGUACAGUAUAUAAGAUGCACUGUUCUGUGUGUCUGUGCAGCGUGUUCGCAGCAGAAAGGCGACCCUGGAGGAGCUGCAGUCAGUUCAUUCAGAGAAACACGUUCUUCUGUUUGGUACCAACCCGCUCAACCGCCUCAAGCUGGACAACCGCAAGCUAAUAGGUAAACAAUAACAAAAAAAUGACAAAUUAAAAUGCAGUGAUGUUAUAACACUAAUAUCGACAUGAAAGUUAAAUGGUAUUAAUCGUCUCCUGCAGGAAUCUUAUCACAGCAAAUGUUUGUGAUGUUACCAUGUGGAGGAGUUGGGGUGAGUACCACACACACACACAUGCUAACACAGUCAUGUGGGAAUAUUUCAACUUAUCUAAUUGCAUUACUGAACAGCAAUCAUUACAUGGCUGAUUGCUCCAUUACACAAUUAAGCUAAUAACACCACAAAUUACUAAUACUAUUGUUUUUGGCUAAGAUUACUCCAAACAUUAUCUAAAUCAAAGGCUGUUCAAAGGUGAGAUCUGGUGGGAAAAAAAAAGAGGAAGAAGUAGAAAAACAGGGUGCACAUAAAGACUGCAGCCUGAAGGGGUGCGUGCCAGUGAGACUGUAUUUUAUUUAAUGGGAAUGUGUGAGGGAAUGAGGAAAAGAGGGGAAAAGAUACAAUGCAAAGAUAGCAGAGCAGAGUAGAUGAAAUUUAACAGGGUAUAAAAGGACCUACAGGCGUUUUCUCCUCUGCUUUGGCAAAGCACAGAUUAUAAUGCCCAUGAGAAAUUGUGGUGAGGCACAAUGAGAAGAGAGGAGACAGAUAAUAAAGUAGGAGAGGAGAGGAGUCUGGAGAAGAAAAAGGGGGCCGGGUGUCAGUUGAUAAGACGACUGAUGUGCCUGGAUUUCCGGCCCUUGGCUGCUCUGGUUGAAGAGGGGUGAUUGGAACAAGAUGGCAAAGUCUGUGAUAAAAGAAAUUCCUCUUAUUUCAUUGUUCCACCGCGGCACACCACCAAUGUGAGUUUGAAACAUGGGGUUACGCUGGAAAAAAACAAGGCUGAUUUUAUAAAGAGGGAAGGAGGAAGCACAGAGACAGUGGAUGUGAAAAAAUGAGACCAAAAUGUUAACAGUCUACCAUCACAGAUUUUUAUUUAAACGCAAUACAAGAAGAUAAGAAAAAAACAUGCAUGUGAAUCAUUAGUGUCUUGUUUGGUCUUUCAAAAGCAGGAUUUAGUAGUUCAAUGACCUCAAAUCCUGGUCGACAAAGUUGUCAAUACCUGAUACUGUAUCAGUCCACAGCAGUUCAGAGGGACUGUCAGGUCAUAUUUUACUUACCUAAUGUGUAAACCUUGUUUAAUCUGUUAAAGUGAGCCUAGAUCUGAUGAGAUUAACUGUAACAAUGUGGCAACUCUCUUUUUUGAGGGUUUUAUACCUUUAUGUAAAGAGAUAGGACAGUGGAUCGAGUAUGAGACUGGGAAAAGAGAGCUGAGGAUGGCAUACCACAAAGGGCUGUCCACUUUGACCUCUAACUCAAACCUGCUUUCUGUCCAUUCAAGCAGAAGUCGAUGUCUUGUAUCUCACCUCUGCUUUACUAACAGGUUGAUAUUGAUACCGUCUGGAAUGAGCUCCACACGUCAGCAGCUUCACGUAUCGCUGCAGGAUGCGUCACAGACCUGGCGUUGAAGGUGGCACAGGGAGAGCUGAAGGUGCGUCUUUGCCACCAGAUACCUUAUCAGCAAAUACUCAUACCCAUACAGAUACUCAUACAGACUAUGUAUAGAGAGUACUGUUGUUUUGAUAGCUGUUGCCUCCAGUGUAGUGAACCGUGUUAACAGCGGGAGUUUAUCACUGAAAGGUGCUUUUGCUUUCCUCUCAUAGAACGGCUUUGCAGUGGUGAGGCCCCCUGGACACCAUGCAAGCCACUCCUCCCCUCUGUGAGUACAGCAGCAUACACAUAUAAAUACACACACACACACACACACACACACACAUUCCAGGAGCCAGGAGGUCUCUCCGAAGUGUUUCAAAGGAUUUAUAACUGAUCUGCUGCACUUCUGAGCAAGAAAGUGAGAGAGAAAGGUUGUGUGUCUCCGUCUCAGUGUGCUUGUGUGAUGUGAGCUACCCACCUGAUGCCUAAGGCAAAUGUUCGCCUUCACAGACUUUCUUUAAACCUUCAAUACACCAAGAAAAUCACCUCAAAGAGAACCGUGCAUACGUAUGUGAGCGUAUGCGUAUGUGUGCCUGGAUUUGUGUCGGUCUUUGAUAGGAGGCAUUAGCUAAGUAACCACAUUCAGCUGGGACUGUGUGUGUGCUCAGCAGGGCUUGUCACUGGUUAUUUAUGGGAUGGUAAUGACUUUUCUUGAUGAGCAAAGUUUGGACAGCAUAUGAUAUACCGUCCGCAUACUCGCACAACACGAUGCACAUACACACAAGCACAGAAUCAUAAAGACAGGCAAAGUUUACGACCCGUGCUGACACUGCUACUUCCAACAUUCCUUCAUUGUUUUUCAUACAUCAACACUUUUUUGCAUACCUUGACUGUAGACAGCAAGUGUUUAGGGAACUGCUGCGCCAAGUCAUGAGUUCAUUUCGCUGAAAUCAGCUCAAACGUAAUGCCAGAAAUUCCCUCUGUUAUCAUCCGGUAUGUGAAGACAUUUUUAUGAUAAGCUUGGUUUUAUGUUUUUGACACAAAUUUGUGUGGGUUCUGCAUUUCUCAAGAGGUGAAGAUUGGGUCUCAGCAUACUGUUUUUGUAUAAAAAGCAAAUUUUUGUUUGUCAGUGGUGGAAGAUUAAAUACAAAACAACUUGAAAUGAAACAUCCGUAUUUCGCAAAUAUUUGGAGUUGAUGUUUGCCCGGCAGGAGUUUCCCUCUCUCUCCAUGACCUGCACAUUAAACCCAGCGCAGUGAUUGUCACAACCUGUGCUGACUGUCCACCACAUGAAAACACAGACAUGUCUUAGAGGUUCCUAGGGUCCAUAUGGUGGUGCUAUGAUAUUGAUUUACUAAGGAUGUACUGAUAAACACAUGUGUCAGCCUCUCUUCAUGUCUGUUUGUCCACAGGGGCUUCUGUUUCUUCAACUCUGUGGCCAUCGCUGCCAAACAGCUCCAACACAAACUCAACGUCAGCAAGAUCCUCAUUGUGGACUGGGUGAGGACACAUUGCAUAACUGGCGUCACUGGCACCCACAUGGACAGGAACAAGUGAACAAAUACACACAUGCUAAGACCCACAAAUGCAUCAUUGGCACGAACAGGGUCACAGAGCCAAAGCCGCCAUCUACGGUAGCACUCCUAUUUAUCAUGGGGUUCAUUCAUAUCUUCAUAUCUCUGGUCUCCAUAUGUGAGCUAAAUUGUCACAUAUCUUUUAAUGUUCAUGAGUCACACUAAUGCGGACACACAAUCACACACAUACACACACAUACACACACGUGAAGAUAUUGAUCCAUGGCCAGAUGGCCCUGUUCACCAUGUGUGUAUACAUGAGCUAUUACCAUGACUUUAAACAUACCGUGCUGUCUGACAUAUCAAGCACUGAUUACUACCUGCUCCUUCAGACAGGUUUGAUGAUUAAAACACAUUUGACUUUGACACUAAGAAGGCCUUUUCAAGACCCUGAUCUCUGCAAUAUGUGUUUGAGGAAGUGGAGAGUUCUGCAGAUUUUAUGAUUUGUAAUAAGUGCUGCUCAAAAAAAUCACAGCUUUUGUGCUGUAUGGAAACAGACACAUAUGCAAUAUGGCAAAAGUCAAAAUGUAAUGCAACAAAUGGGGCGCGCAGAAGGUCUAGCUGGUUAGCGUGCCCCACCUAUGGGGACCGUGUGGUUGCGGGUUCGAGUCCGGCCCCGACUGUGUGCUGCAUGUGUUUCUGCAUCUCCCCAUACCUCAACCCUGUACCAUCAAUGAAGACCAAAAAAAUUCACCAAAAUGUAAUGCAAUAAAUUGGAUUUUUUUUUUCUCUCUUUAGUUGCAUAGAUUUAAUCUGUUGGAUGAAUGCAUGAGUAUAAUGGCCAUUAGAAGAAGCUUUAGCAAAUGAUCUACCACUAACUGAUGAUUUGGAGAUGAUUUAGUGGUGAAAUAUGUUAAAUUCAUAAAAAACAUGUGCUGCAAACAUAGAUCAUAAAUUAUUAUUGCAAAGUUAUGCAAUUUAUUUGCAUAUUUUACAUCCUACAGAUCUCUGUGUCAUUACUUAGGCUGUCUGGGAAAAAAUGUGUGAUCCCAUCAUGCUUUUUUAAUCAUGUGUGGUGUAUGACUUGUUCUAUGAUAGCUUCUUAACCAAACAUCCAAUCACUGUCCAGGAUAUUCACCAUGGCAAUGGUACCCAGGAAGCCUUCUACAAUGACCCCAGCGUGCUGUACAUCUCUCUGCAUCGCUUUGACGACGGCAACUUCUUUCCUGGUAGUGGACACCCCAGCGAGGUAGGUAUUUGUUUACAGCAGUGAUUUGUUGUCUGCUUUUGUUGGUGUUGUCAUAGCGAUGUCGGAUGUUUGUGUGUGUUUGUGCACCUCAGCAUGUGCCUAGACUUUAGUGAACACGGUAGCUCAGGAACAACACUUGAGAAACAUGUAGACUUGAAGAACAGGUUCUGUUAUUUUGAUUUAAGGAGACUGUAUUUAUGUAAUUCAGACAUUUUUUUUUAAUCUGACUCUUCAGAAUACACAGCUCAUUAAAAUACCACCCACGUUUGUUGCAGAGAAAGAGAUGUUGGCAUAGAAAUAUUUGCUAAUUAUGUGAUUCUAGUGGAAAAUUAGGGAGCUUAAGAGCCUUGUGUUUUCCAUAUACUUGUCAAAACAAGAAGACUGAUUAUAGAUAUAAAUCCCAGAUUAAUUUACAUGAUUUAAAGCCCUAGUUACAAGUGUAAUUUGGUCGUGAUGACUGAUUUUAAUGAGGAGUCUUCACUGCAGCAGAAGGAGGAAACUGGUCAGUAUGGGGAUGGUAUUUUACAGUAUACUAUGUUCAGUAUUAAAACAUCAUUUUUUUGGUGGAGCUGGUCAGGGCUGUUAUGAUGGGACCAACAUAUUACACUGACACCACUGGAAUCUAAGAAAUGGGAGAAACUGUCCUGUCAGUCAAAAAGUAAAUCAAGUGGAUAACAAAAAGCAUCAACCAAAAAUGUUUUGAUUACAGUUCAGGUCCAAAGGGUUAAAGGAAUAAUACAAAAAGCUCCAGUACAUAAUUUAACGCAAUGAAGCCUGUGCCAAGUAUUAGGGUGAGAUCAGACUACACAAUGUGAAAUCACCUGUGAGGUGAUUUUAGCUGGUUUUGGAAAAGCCUGAAAUUGCUACUGUUGUCUAUUAAUGAACAAAACAAAACCUGCAGCAUAAAGACUAACAAUUAUUAAUAUAUAUUGCUUUUUGUUUGCUCUGCUGCCACAUCAAGCCUAGGGUUGGUAGCAAGGGGCAAGGAACUACAUCAUACCGUUACAACCUUUGUUUCUUUCUCCCAGGAAGAAAAAUCACUGUCAGUGAUAAACAAUCAACUUCAGGCAGAGCAUCUACAGGCAUUGAAAAUUUCAAAAUAGAAAUAUCAGUCUUGUUGUUAAUGACUUAAUUUGCUUUUGGUCAUCAUAGAUAUGUUCAUUUUAGGCUGUUUCAUAACCAAUAACAAACUCCUCAGAAGAGGUGUAAUUACAAAAAAGAGAAGAAAUUAAACCAACAGAGUAUAAAAUCAUUGGGACUCAAGAAAUAAGUGAGUGAGUGAAGAUCAUAAUCACAUGAAAUAACAUUUACCUGAAACAGACAUAAAACGUUCUUUCCAGCAGAGACUUCUUUACAGUUUCAUAUUUGUAGGCUUUAUAUUAACAUCAUAAGGGUAGUUAAAAAUAGUUUGUAAAAGCCCCUGUCAAAAACUGCCCCAAUCAACAAAACACUACAUUUUUUUUCUUUGCUCGCCCUAAACAUGAGUCAGAAAUGUAUUUAACCAAAAAUGCCAUCCUUUUUUUUUUUGCUCCAGUUUUAGACAUAAACAAUAAAAUACUGAAUAAUUUUUAAAAAUGAUUUGUUGUUUUGCAGAUGCUUUUGUUCGCUAUUGUAGCUCACAAAGAGGCAUAGCAUUGAAUUUCAAUACUAGAAACUCCUCACUGGAGCUUUAAUUUUGGUAUUUCUGUCUUUGUGGGAACAAUGACUGUGACAUGUUGAACAUGCAGUUUCCAUGUUUUACACAUGUUUAUUCAGUGAACUCAUGAUGAGCCUGUCACACUUUGAUUUUCUGAAUCAACUGUAGGUUUGUUUCUUUUGUUCCACUUUAUUUUAUUAACUCUGGUGCUGUAGAUGUCAGAGCUCCACAACAGGAUGUGUACAGUUGAAUUGCAUGCCUAUGUUUGAAUACAGGAAAUUGAGAUGCCUAUGAAUUCUGCCUGCGGUCUUACCAGAAAACCAAGUGUGAUGACUAUCCCCAGUCAUAUGAACUGACCCCAACUCAUGGUGGCAUUCACCACCCAUUCAUUCCUCCACAUCCCCUCCUCCGUUCACUGCCUACCCCACAAUAAUGAGCAUAAAAUAGUCAAUGUUUUCCCAUAAAAUCUCCUGAUGAGGGACGCUACAUAAAACGCUCGGCGGGUUUGGAUGUGGCUUUGCCUCAAGUGGCCCCUCAACCUCUGUUGAGCUGUGUGGUAAACCUCUGGAGUCUCGCUGUCCCCCGUGUAGGUAUAUAACACACCAUGGGGUAGGGGCGUGAUGUCAUAGCCAUAACAGAGAGGGCUGAGCAGCAUGCAAAAACCAGUGAAGGCCUAAUGCAGUCCAGCUACUCUUGAAACAUGAAAGAGAGAAAAAGGACAGCGUAGAGCACCAGAGACUUGAAGCUAAAGCAAGAGCUGUGUGUGUACGUCAGCGUGCGUGCGCGUGUGCAUGUGGGUACAUUACCAGUUGGCAAAGGACAGGAGGCUUCAUGUGUUUUUGGUUUGCCCUGUGAACAUGCCGUCCACUGAGAGAAGAAUGGAGACAGACGCUCUGCGAUGCUCAUCAGCAUUCUUUCAAACAUCCUCUCACACCCAUACACACACACACACACAAAGGAAAUUACCACGCUUUCCUGCCAAGAGUGUGUCAAUCAACCUCGGCGUCCUCCCCUCAAACUGACACAUUGACUGAUGGUGAAGGGCUUCGAGAACAGCUAAAUGGCCGCUAGCAGGACUACAAAGAGAGAGGCAGGAAUCCUCAAACCUCCUUUCCAAGAGCUGCCCAGCCCCAGUUUACUCUCUGCCCCAAAGUAUGUGAGGUCAAACUGAGAGAGACCCUCAUGAUCUCUGCUUGGCAUAGUGAGGUACAUGUCAAUCUAAAAAACAACUUUAUCAAAAUCUAUUAAAAUCACUUACAAUAUGUGGUUUGAUAAGAAAACCUGACGUGUCGUUAAACACCAAACUACUAAACUUUACACGUGGCAGAGUGCAGUUAAUCCAGUUGUUGAAAAAUAAUAUAUAUUUUUAGUACAUUAAAUCAACAUUUUACAACACCGUGAUGCAUUGUUUCUCCGUAUUUCAGUGAGCGUUCGCCAAACAUGAAAUAUUUUCCAGUUUAGCCGUAGCUAAAACUUGGAAUCAUAAACAUUUGUAGCUCUGUUGUGGCUAAGACUGAUUUAUAAGACCUUUUGACAAAUUGUAUCAAAAUCAAAAUUGGGAUGGAGCAGCGGUGUUGAAUUAAUAGCCAUCAGACUUUUAUUUGGGAAUCAUAAUCACUCCCUGGUGUCAGACUCAUUUUUUCACGAUUGCUGCAAUGCAAGAUUUUGCAACAGCCGUGUCGAUUUGGUGAACAUUUGUCACAAAUCUGUCACCAUCGGAGUUACUCAACUUUCACUGGGACUCAUUAACUUCAUUGAAACUCACAGAAACACUUUCUCUCCCUUAAUCUCACUUUCUUGCCUCUCUCUCUUCUUGAUUCGUCUAGGUGGGUGCAGGUGCAGGCGAGGGUUUUAAUGUGAACGUCGGGUGGACCGGUGGUUUGAACCCCCCAAUGGGUGAUGCUGAGUACCUUGCUGCAUUCAGGUAAGGAAUUGAAUUGACCUGAAGUUACAGGGCUGUGCUGGUUUUCAUCAAGUUCAACACCUUUAAUCACAAUUAUAAAUACUUGUUUACAUCACUUUUGAUUAUUUACAUAAGCAUGGUAAAAGUUUUUUAAGGUAAGUCUAUUUUUUUUACCUUCAAGGCCACUGUACGUGUGCAAAGACAACUAUUAAUGUUUGUAUUUAUUCUGAUUUCAAAUGCAGUUUAAAGAUUUUUCAUUUGGCAAAAUCAAACCUCACAUCCAAAAGAGCAGAGACGUUGUGUAAAAAUUCCCAUAAAAGCAGAUUUUGAUAAAUUGCAAAUGAUUUAAACUCUCUAUCUGAUUGAAAACAGUGUGAAGACAACAUUUCAAAUUUGAAACUUAAGUAUUUUAAUGUUUUAUGAAAGGUUCUCCUUCAUAGCAGCUGAGACUGAGGCAUGUCUACUAUUGUGUUGCAUCACCUCUCUUUAUCAAACACAGUAAACAUCUGGGAACUGUGGAAACCAGAUUCUAGGGUUUCAAAAGUGAAAUUUCAUCCCGUUCUUGACUGAUAUAAGAUUUCAGCUGCUCAACGGUUUGGGAUCUCUUCUGUACUAUUUUUGUGUCAUGAUGUGCCAAAUGUUUUCAACAGGAGUGAAGUCAGGAAUAUUUUAAGUCUACUUAGUACUAUUUUUAGUUAAAUCUUGGGUUGGUAUUAUUGACAAAUCCUUUUACGAAGCAUCCCAUCUUUUGGAGUUGGGGUUGAACAUGAACUCAGCAUCAUCAACAGCUUACCAGAAGUUGUGACAAAGAUUUUGGUGUCUUACUUGGAGGUUAAAAGAAUACACACAAAAAUACAUCAGCAGCAACACCAGGAAAUAUGCUCCGUGUCCAGUCCUCUAAAUACAGACGUUCUUAUUUAUUCUGCAUAAUAAGAACGUGCUGCACAAUCUAAGUUAUAUUAACCUUAUUCAUGCCAGUAUUUAUCUCCAGAGAUAUGUAUAAGAUACGACAACCACAAAAACAACAACCACACUACAGUGAAGAAAAGAUAGAAACAACUUUUUUUCAUUCGGAAAUAGGAAAGUGAGUUUUUUUUUUUACCACCCUGAAUUGCAUCAGUGUGUGCCAGCAGGACAAACAAAAAGCCAUUGUUUUCCUCCUUCUGGUGAAACCCACUCUCAGAAUUUGGAGAGCAUAAUUUCCAAUCUGCACUGGAAUGCAACACCUGUAAACACACCACUUUCUCUACAUUAUCCUGCAAUCCCACUGCACGGUUCCACUGCGAUGGAUUACCUGUACUAUCUUAAGCGGGCUUUCUUUCUGAUUGCUGACUUCCCCUGAAAGUCUGUUGGACAGAAUAAAUGUCAACAAAUUGUUAUAUUACGAGGGCAGAAGGUUUACAUGGUCUGUGCGAUGAAACUGGCAGUGAAGCUACAUUUAGCUAAAAACAAAGCCCCACCUGGAUGAGUUGCUGAAGCACACCUUUGCACUUCUCUGUCACUCAAACAUUUUUCCUGAGAGGAUACAGUUUGGUUCUUCCACACUGUAAUAAACUCAGAGUGGUUCUGUCAGCAACGCUGGCUCCUCACCAGAUGAUUAAACAAUGUGUGAGCUCUACACACAGCGGGCACAGUGGGUGGGCCCCUCGUCAAAGGAAAGAUGCUAAUGAGCUAACCCAUACGGGUAAAAAUCCAACAAGCCAAUAGGCAGGCUCAGAAACUCUAAGUCCACUGUUUACUGGAGCUUUGGAUCUUAAUUAAGACGCAACUGCUCUGGUGUCUGGAUUUGGUAUGUAUUCUGCAAACUCAUUGAGUUCGGGAAAUGGGGAGCGUAAAAUUUUCACAGUCAACCACACUGUAGUAAUGUUCAGUAUGUGUUCCCCGUGUAUCAAAGCUCUGAGGAGAGGGAGUGUCCUGGUGGUCCAGAGGUUUAAGGCAUAAACUGUGCAGCUCUGAUGUCCAAGAAGCAUGUUCAGAUGGAGAUGGCUUACUGACAAAAUCAACUAUCUAAAAAGCUCGAAACUUACACAAUGAUUAUAGAAAUGUCAUUAGGACAUGCAUAAAAGUCACAAAAUCUAGGAUGUACGUGCACAGGAACGCAAUAGAGGGAUUUCUGUAAAAACGCUCUCUACACAAAUGUAUGAAUAACAUUUUCAGCCACCAUGACUGGUGCGGAAAAAAAUCCAUACAGACUAAAUUUAAUGCAUCAUAAAUUUAUGUUUGUGCAAUUAAAUAUGAAGAGUGUUGCCAGCUCUGUAAUCCAAUUUGAAUCAAUGAUUUAGAAGCCGGGUGUUCCAGACUAGCGCUCCUCUCCAGGAAAACUAGCCCAAGUGUGGUGGCUGAUGAUGUGUCUGUGUUUUUUGGGUGUGUGUGUGCUAGUGACAGGGGAAAUAUUGUGGUUGAAAGUGGUGGUGUGACUCCAAUACAAUCAGGAGAAGGCUCAGCUGUGUUGAGAUUAAGUGUCAUGACGUUGUGUGUGUGUGUGACUGUGGGCAGGGUUACUGAGGUGGUCAGAACGUUAAGGUCAGAGUCAUCACCGGUAGCAGAGCAAACACACGCCUUCAAAAGUGCAAAAGAAGAGCAUAAGUGUGUAUAACUUUUGGAGAACCUUUGGAAAAAUGUGCACAGCAUGUUUUUCGAGCACGCACAUAGUUUUGUGUGCAUCUCGAGGUGGCUACUGACAAACUUUGGAGGAGAGAGGAGUGCAGGGGAGAGGAGAAGAAGUGGGGGGUGCAUUGUUAGGGAAUCCAAAGGCGGCGUAAUUAGGCCCAAUGGAUCCCAGAUGGCUGGCUGUCAGUGACGUGAGAAGAGGGACGAGCUCCUAAUAGGAACCAGACGCACACAAACGCCUUUGAACCGCCGCUGAGAGAGAGAGAGAGAAAGAGAGAGAGAGAGAGAAUCAAACGCGGCAUAAGCCCUGCGCUCUAGCUAAAUAACUUGAAGCAGGAGAGGAGGAAGUGAGGAGGACAGCAAAGAACUAAAGAAAGUGGUCUCUCUUGAGCAGAGUACACCGUAUGUGGACAUCUCUGUCCAGAGAAGUCAAGGGUCUCAUUUUUAUCUGCUCGUGUCAUCCCUGAAAACAAAAACUUGUCAGUGUUUGACACCUGCCUGAAGUUUACUCGGUCUUGGCUUCAAGCCGUUCUGAUCUUUUUCUCCAUCCAAGAAAAAAGCAUCCAGAGCACCCCUGCUCUUUUUUUUUUUUUUUUAUCAGAGCUCUGCUUCAAAUUUAAACAGUUGCACACAUUCACACCUGGGAGCUACCCCACCUUCCAGUGUUGGCCGCUCUCCAGGAGCAGAUCAAGAACAGAGAUCAAGCACCUGGAACUUGGCCUUGGAUAAUUUAUCUUUCACCAUUUUCAAAUAGAUGGAGUUUACAGUGAAGUAAAUGUUUGCAGCAAAUCGUCCAGGACUGGAUUCUUACAUUGUACACGUGUCCCAGCCUCAGAUUCAUCACCUCAACUCUCCUGUCAUUUCAGUGCGACUUUUUUUGAACUUGACAGACAACUUUCAACUCUUUGAGAACAAUCACUUUUGAAAUCUACGCUGAUGUUAAAUUAAUCCCACCGUGACUUCCUCUCUACACUAACAUGUUGUAAAUACUAUGUAAUUUUUUGACAAAUGAUAAACAGCUGCUGAAAACUUGAUUUCUUAAGUGUUCUGUCUCAUUUCAGCCAGACAACAAGGUGCGGAUAAAUAUCUUAUACAUCACAGCAUUUGUGAUGUAUACGCUUUUUUUUCCUGAUCCUCCUCCUCUUUAGAGCCGUGGUGAUGCCUAUUGCCCACGAGUUCUCCCCUGACGUGGUGCUGGUGUCAGCUGGUUUCGAUGCUGUUGAGGGACACUCGUCAUCACUGGGAGGCUAUAAAGUCACAGCAAAGUGUAAGGCCCACACACAAUCUGAAUCUGAUUCCCAUCACUCUUUUUUAUGCAGGUGAAGUGAAAAUAAAUGAUAAUUUGGGGGUUUCCUGGAUGAUUUCUGCUUCUCUAUGAACCUAUUUUUUGCCUGUAUGAGCUAAUAUUUUACAUUUUUUUAACAUACUUGUAAUCAAAGUAGAAUUAAAGCAAACUUAUGAUUUGCUACAAUGUCAUAGAUAGGUGUUUUCAUAUAGCUGAAGGGCUGUUUCCAGGAAAAAGGAUCCCCCUCUGUAGCUCAGAUAUCUAAAAAUAUCGACCAGACAUGGGCACCAGAAAAAAUAACAAAAAUUUGAAAAAAAAUAAAGCAGCAGCUUGCUCAACAAACUUAUAGAAAUCAAAGUUUGUGCUUUAAUUUGAUCUUUUCCAGGAACUAUCCACAAACAAAAAGAAAUCUCAGAUUUGUUCAUAUUUUGUAAAUAAAGAGCACUGAUCUGGAGAGGAAUGGACUUAAAUUGGCAACACUAUCUCACCCUUCUAACAAACAGAAACAAGACCAGCAUGUUAAUAUUUACAACAUUUCUGUGGGUCAGGCUUUUGAAGACAAUGAAGAAAACAUGAAGUCCCUUUGAUUCAAAUCAAAACUGAAAGCUCUGACUCUUUCCAUAUCUGGCUCCUCCUCUGUAUGUGUGGAUGCGUUGACCUCUCCAGGUUUUGGCUUCCUGACUCGUCAGCUGAUGUCACUGGCCGGGGGUCGUGUGGUGCUGGCUCUGGAGGGGGGGCAUGACUUGAAGGCCAUCUGCGACGCCUCUGAAGCCUGUGUCAGCGCCCUGCUGGGCAUGGAGGUGAGAAAUCCGACAGUCAAUCAAUCAAUCAGCACUUGUGUUAUUUUAAUUUUAAUUAAUCUUGAACAUAUUGGAACAUUGGUGUCUAAAGCCAGUGAACUAUGCUCAGCUCCCAGAUGCACUGCACUUAGUGUUUUCAGCAAGAUACUUAUUUGCAGCACCUGUCCACGAGAGGCUUUUAUUAUUUAAUGAGAUUUUUUUUAAAAAAGGAAAGAAACACUGAAAAAAUACCAAAAAGUUAUGAGCAUAGUAGAGUAAUAAAGCAAAGCUGUUGAAAGUAGAUGGGUAUAUACAGUGAUAACCUGUGAGUUUGAUUCUUUAACCACCUGUUGUGUCUCAGGUGGAGCCUCUGUCACAGUCUGUAUUGGACCAGAAGCCUUGUGAAAACGCUGUCAAAACACUGCAGAGAGUCAUCCAGGUUCAAGGUGAGAGCUGACAUUACAACACAACAUCACCUCAACACAGCAGCGUCUUACUCAGAUACACCUGCACACUUUGGUAGCUUUUUAUUUUGUUGUAGUUCUGAGUUUUGGUUUAAAUAAUAAUAAAUCCCAGGUUUUGCAAACAACAAAUUGAAGCAAUACAAAUGAAUAAAAAAGCAGCGAUAUCGGCACAUAAUAACACCACGGACCUGUGUUGUGAGAUAAAAUACAAGAAAUGUUAGUCAAAGACUUUGAACAUGUAUAAAAUGGUAAGACAUUCUCAUUUCAUGAAUAUUUUCUGGCACAUUUCCAACUUUCCAAACAUGUUUGCAAAACUCAUGAAUGAAAAUGACUUCUCAACCCAUUACAAAGCACUUAUAGUAAAACAUGAAAAUCACCCAGAACAGCAACGUUUCACUCACUGCUGCUGUCUUUUAUUUUAUUAGCACUUCUGCCAGUUUUUGUCAAGUGUUAGAAAAAAGACUUCAAGUUUUUGCUCCCGUCAAACAUCACAUCUGCACCACUGCACCGUUCUUUGACAUUUUCUCAGUUGCGUUUCUUUUACUUUCUUUGCUCUCUCAAAUUUAAGAUAAGCAGAUAAAACACUCCUGUUCACCUGUUUGAAAUGUCACAAUAAAUCUAAAGCUCCUGCUAAAAAGUAAAAGAGGUUUUUUGAUGACAAAUUGAAUAUACCCGUUACUGCUGCACAAGCAAAUAGUCACACCACCCAUUGGAAAGGGAAGAUUUCAAGUGACGUGAGCUUUUCUUUUUUAAAAUAAAGGCCUAAAUGAAUCCAAACUUGCAUGGUAGCUCCAGCUUACACCUUUAUCUUACUCUCCUCCAUUCCUUGACAAUCUUCCCUCCCAAUCAGAGGUCUGUUUGAGCUUCAAAAAAAUUCUGGUUCUGUCAACAAGAAUAACUUUAUUGAUCCCGGAGUGAAAUUCAAUAAGCCGCUAUGCCAUGCCUUGCAACUGUGUGUGUUGUUUCAGAUCAAAUCCUGCCCCAGCAUCCACCUGCUUGUUCUGCUAGAACUAUCAGAUUUGAUCUUAUUAUAUUAAUAAGAAUAUAUAAGGAGUGAAUGAGCUGGUGUCAGACCAAAUGUUCUGCUCUGUUCUGUGAAGGUUUAACAUCAUACCAGUCAGUGCUGAGCGUCCUCCGUCCUUUAUUUUAAUCAAGGAAAACGUCUAUUUCAGAUAAUAUAGGCAUAACGUCAGGAAAACCAGCUCAUUUAAAUUAUCUAUGCUGUUAAAAAAAUGUCAUGAAAUUUACAGAAACUUAAAUAAUACCCCAAAUUUGUAAACUGUCGAAUUUCAAAUAAAAUUUAGAUUUUUAUAUUAACAUUUCAUUUAGUAUCAAAUCUCUUUUCAGUUAAAACCACAUGGAAAAUUGCUCAAUUUGUAGAAUCGUAAAAUUUUAAUCUUCAUUCCUGGUUUGAUAAUUUGCAGUUUUAAAUCAACAUGAAAAUAACAAAGUCUGUAUUUGUGAGUCUGCAGAAAAAAACAUUUUCACAUUUCCAUUCUCAACAACACUCGUCUCUUCAUGUCUUCACUUCACACUUCCUCCGUCUUUCCAUCCAUGCUGCUCUCUGGCCACCUCUCCUCCUUUACAUCCCUGUCUCCCAUCCCUCCCUCCAGCCGUCCCACACACAGACAGACACACACACUACACACACACAUACACACACACAAUACACACACCGCCGCCCUGGCUCCAAUUAUCUUCAAACACUUCUCUGGCACACGACCUUCGCAACAUCCCCUUCUGAUUGCACACAAAUGUUAUCCCAACCAAAUUAGAUUAAUUAAAAAUAUUUGCAAAGCCACAAGAAUGUUAAGCCCAUAAUUUAGGCCGGGGGUGAAAUAUAUGUGAGUUACAAACACAGCUAGAACACACACGCUCAUGGACCAACACAUUUGCAAACGCUGAUUGGUUUUAGGUACACUGUGUGUGACAUAGAGACCCCGAGAGGACGGACUAAAUUUAGGUUUACACUCCUGAAAUGAUCAACAUGGAAGUUUAGACCACGGGCUGUUUAUAUCAGCGUCAAUGCUUACAUUCACAUCAAACAGCUACAACUGGAGGAUCAAACACAAGUCCUGCUUUUUAAUAAUCCAGCGCAGACUCUUUCCUGAAGGAAGCAUUCAGGAUGAAAACAACUGAGGCAACUGAGGCCAUUAAUCUCUCUCUCUCUCUCUCUCUCUCUCUAUUUCCUUUCUUCCUCUUCUCCCUCUUUGUCUUCUAUUUGCUUCCUGCAGGUGAGUACUGGCAGAGUGUGAAGGACUCGGCCACCACAGUGGAUCUGUCCUACCUGCAGGCGCAGAGACGAAGGCUGAGACGGGACUCGGACAGCGAGGCCAUCAGCGCCCUCGCCUCGCUGUCAAUGGGAGCUGCCAGCCCAGACAAGUAAGACAGAUGCUGCAUCUGAAUAUCCUUUUAAUGUUGAAAUCCAACAUUUAAAAACACCAGAUGCUUCAUGCUGUUUUUCUUUCUCUUGGUUUAUCAAGGAAGCAGAUAGAAAAAAUGACAGAGAAAGGCUCUCUCUGAAGGAAGAAUCACCUGACAGCUGCCUUCAACCAAGUCUCAGUGGAAACACACACACACACACACACACACACACACACACACACACACACACACACACACACACAAAUACACACACAGAGAAAGCUAUGCAUUUGGACCAUCACUGGAAGCAGAUGUCCGCCUCAGUUUGACCACUGUAUCCAUCACCUCACUAAAAACUCCUCCACCUGUAUGACCACUGGCUGCAGCCUGAUUGUUCUCAUCAAACACACACUGAACUCAGAGCAACAUUCACCUGUGCCACACACACACUCACACACACACAGACUUUUCUUAGGAUGAAGAUCUGGAGUUUGAGAAAAAAAAAAGACAAUCAGAUUAAAUGAAGGAUCGGUCAUUUUUUCUGCGGCAUCAGCAGCUGAGAAAAAGAUGAAGAAUGAACUUGACAAAGUGCAGCUCUGACCUCUAAAGGAACUGCAGAAGGAGAGCUGACAUGUCCUCUGCACUUCAGACAUGUCCUGCUAAGAUGAUAUCUCUGGUCUGCGUGUGAAAAACACGAAAUGAAGGAAAAGAUCAGACACCUCUGAUCGAUUUGCACUGCACUCUUCUGUAAUGUGAACCGGACUCGACAAAGAGGACUCAGUCACAUUAGGCCGAUGUCGACAGAGAUCUUUGGUUUAAUUUGACCCGUGGCACACUCUGUGACUGUCAGAAGGAUAUUUUCAUCUAUACGAUUUCAGUGAGGGUGAAGCUACAGUUUACUCAGAGAUGCAUAUGUUUCAAAUUGUUUCGUAUGUCCACAUAUUUUCUUAGAUCUUUUUUUUUUUUUCAUUCUUGGACUGUGAGGCAAGCACAUGCGGACAGUCUGCGGAUCGCUGCAGUUAUUAUUAUUGCUCCUCGGCAGUUAAGAGACGACUCAGCAGUCUUUGAAGAAGUGCAUCUUAAACGUUUGGACAUACUGUACUUUGUGUCAGUGGCAUUAGUCACAAUAAAGAGCUAAUAUCUCUAAUCAGAAGGGUAAUAGUAUCAGGGGAAGAGGAAUGACUCUGAAAGUUUCCUCUUUUUUUUUUACACGUCAGCAUAGACAGAAAUUCCCCAUGAUGCUUCAGUGCAGUGUUACCACUCAGCAGUGAUUGUAUAUGAAACAGAGAUCACAUCUUCUCUGUAAGAAGAUCGACUUUUAGCAUUUUGGAUGAAACUCAUCCGAAGAUUUGACGACAAUCACGCUCUUACAGUGCCCUCAGGAUGGGCAGAUCUCUUUGGUCUUAAAAUCUGAAUGUAAAUAAUGUUUUGUUGUUUUUAUUUACUUGAGUUUCUACCUGUGGAUUUGCAUUCCUGCUGUAUUUUGUAAAUGUAUUUUCUACUUUUAUAUUUUUCUAAAAGGAGGGCGAAUUGUGCGUCUUCUUUGUCUUACUGACUUGGUGUCAUCGUGUUUACUGUCAGAGUGUAGGACCUUAACUUUCCUGCACCAAACUCUGACGUUUUAGCUUUUAAAUUGUAGAAAUAAUACUGAGAUAGUUGAAUCUCCACACAGUGCAAUUGGACACAGGUUAAGCACAACCAAAGCUUAUGGGAACAAUGUGCCGUCUGGCAUGGCUUAAAGAACUUCAAAGACUUUUUGAAGAGUUUGUGAAUGUUUCUUUUUUUACCAGAACAGUUGAGGAGAGACAAAAGAACAGGACGGACAUAUAAACAAAUUCAUUUGUUUCAUAAAAAAAAUAAAUAAAAAAACUGACAUGACUCCUCUUUAUUCAGACCCUGUGCCUUUGAAGAGCUCUUUGCAUGUCUAACACACUUUCUAUGGUGCUAUGGAUUAUUUUUCUUCAAGUGAUGUUUUUCUCUUUGUUACUUUUCUUUAUUUCUUUCUGUUGCAUUUUGUGAAUGCAACACAAAACGUGUCGAAUGUUUAGAAAUGUGACAAAAAUGUGAAAAAAAAAUAAAUGAAAAUGACCCCAAGAGAGCUUGGAGCAGUUUGAGCUCCAUAUCACCUACAACAGUCCUUCAGGGGUGUGUAGCUGUACUUAGAUCCACAACAGACAUAUCUGAUGUUGAAUUUUGUCUUAAUUCAUGAAGAUGAUUUAUUUUUGUAUCUCCAAAAUGAGCCCUGUGUUGACGUAGAGACCAAAUAAGGGGAUGUGCCUCGGAGUUUGAUGCAGACUAACCUGUGUGAAGGUGGCCUUAAAAAGCUGAAUAAAAGCUUAAUGACCUUUAUGAAAUCCGUAGACAAAUGUCAAGUUUCCUUCAAACUGACUGUUUUUGUUUUUGUACAGUAAAUAUUGAGUCUGCCUUUGUCUUCUCUACCAUUUUUGUUCCCUAACAAAACUCUUAAUAAAGGUUAUUGAGACACAUUUGAUUUGGACCAUUUUUAUUUCCAAAGCCACGCUGCUUCAAACUUUUAAUUGUAAGUAAAUUCUUAAUAUCAUCUGUAUACUUAUUUUUGACUUGCCAUAACAUCACAAAUUAUACCCUGCAUCAUUAAAAAUAAUGCACUCAUGUACAGCAUCAAAAAAGGUUUUAUUGUCCACAGGUGUUGACACAAAGAUUAUCAAAAGCAAAUGCAAAAGAAACACAAUCAGACAGUUCGAAGACUACUUAGACUGCUCACAGCAAGUUUGCAAAGAUAUUUCUAAAGCUGCAAGGGAAAAAAAACAGAUUUUCUGGCAUUUUAAAAUACAAAUUUCUGCAAAGCUCUGAGAUUAUAAAACUGAAAUGAAAAUAAACAAGCAAUCAGUGGUUUCAAGACAUUUUUCCUUCUGACAUUUUUGUUGUAAAGCUGACUGUUAUUCGUGAUAAUGCUAGAGCAGAGUUAAAGUAAUACAGUGUGCAUACACCAAGUUCACAUAAAAAAAAUCCCAAAUACACACAAAGCUAUCCAGUUACUACAGCACAACAAAGUAGAGAUCUGCGCCAGAUUCCUCGAACUUCUCUGUUUCCCACAAAACGGGCCUCAGAGAGCCGGGGUGAUUAGCUUAUUAGCAUUUUAGCAGUAAACAUUCAUUGGCUGUGACCGCCCUCUAACCAUCACAAUGCCAUUAUCAUCAGUCAUUGUAACGUCUGUCUGGCAGUGAGUCACCCACAGAGGAGGGUGGAUGAUGGUUAUCACGCUGUUACCCAAGGCACUCGAACCAGCAGCCAUUUUGUUUCAUUGUCAACGCAGGCCAGCUGUUUGUUUCAUUUAGUUCUCAUCAUUUCAAAUGUUCAGCACUCGACUGUCGUGUCUCCUCACCAGUGUUUCAGAAACACAAGGUGGACUUUGUUAGAGUCAAGCUGUAAGGAAACUUCUCAGUGUCCAAAAACAGAGGGGGGAAAAAGGAUUUAAAAAAUGGAGGGUUUUCUUUCGGAGUGGGAACAAAUUUCUUCUUUGAGUGCAGAAGUUUUCCAUUUGUCGUUUUCUGCAAAGACAAGAAACACAGAUGAGGCGACACAAGAUUAGAAAAGAAAUUUCAAAUCAAAGCCCCACAUUCGAUGCAGAUGGAGACACUUCCCUGAAAGUUUUGGCAUUUGAGGUUUUUCAGGAUGUGUCAAAAAAAUCGAUUUCGUGGAAAUGUUUCUUUUCCUCCUACUCUUUUCACAAGCAAACAUUUUAUUCGAAGUGUUCUUGGUACUUCCAAGACAGGAUAAGUCCAUUGAGGAGUGUCUGUUAGUGUUCAGAAAAGUUAUGUGUGUGCCAUAUCACUUUUAUAAUGCUUGUGAAAAUCUAAAAUAGAUACACAAUAAAGUUCAAUUUCGAGGGUAAAAAAGUGCAAGGAAACCUCUAUUCUGCGGUUUGAAUUUUAAUUUAAUUUUUCGGAACCAAAGUUGCUUUAUUUGUUUUGAAAAUCUUUGAAAUACAUCAUGUUUGAUAUCAUAUAAUAAUAUAACUUCCUCCCUAUCGUGCAGAUGCAAAUAGAAGUGGAGAAGUCCGCCCCUCCAGCUGUUGAUUAGGCGCCCACAACCAUAAGAGAUUAAGAGUUAUUUAAGCACAUUUCAUAAGGCUUAAUGUUUUUUUGUGGUGCAGCAAAAACAAAUUGAAAACUUUAUGUGAAAUUUGGUGUAAUUGUAUCUAUCAGAGUGAGUUGAAUGUUUGUUAAUGUUUGACAGAUCUUGAUGUGUUUUGGACCUCAGUCAUGUGGCGAAUUGUUGCCUACGUGUCAAAUCAGACGUCAUUCCUCCAUGGCUCCCAAUCCCUGCAGCUGUCUGUCUGAGCAAGGCCAACGCACAAACGCAGAUACUCGUGCAUACUGCAAUCAUGUAGAUGUAAAACACUAACACACGCACACACAUGCACCAUCCUCCCACCUGUGCUCGGUUCAGUUCUGCUCUCUAAAAAUAAAAAUGACUAUCAGAAGCCACAACUCCUGGACCGGGCUUUGAAAACGCAGAUGAGCCGCAGAGGAUUUUACAUCUGUCUCAGAUCAGUCCGAAAUGAGAGCCAGAGAUUUGAUAUGCACAGAAGAGCAUCCAACCGCUGGUCAGUGCAAAUUACAACACACACACACAAAUAAACACACACAUGCACGGACAAAGCUGAGACAAGGGUUCCAGCAGAGGAAAGAGCAGUGACAGGCA